CGCAGCGUUUGCGCUCCAGCCUCUGUCGCUCUGCGCAUGCGCUUCAUUUCAAUCCUGCUGCAGAUGGGAAAGUGUGAGGUCGCGGAGGGAUAGUGGCAGCUGAGUUAAAAAAACAAACCAUACCCGUGCCAGCAUGCCGUUCAAUAAAGUCCUGUUACUGCGGGGCCGCCCUGCUCUCCUUGUUUCCCCUGUGAACAGACUGUGUGAGCGAGCCUUCUCCGGCCGCCCCGCUCCGUCCUGGUAAGCUGCCCCCAAUGUGAGCCCCGCUACGGUAUAGGUGUGCUGCAUGCAGAGUCCUGGCAAUGACUGUCUAAUAGUUGGUUUCAGUGAGAUGGAAACUUGUUUAUUGCUGCUGCCUGAUAGUGUGGAGAAGUAGCAGGAAAGCCCUAUAGAGCUCUCAUCAGAGUUACAGGUGCAAACUAUAGGAUCCUGCGGUACAGAACACGCUUUAUUUUCUCACGAAAAGGAUUAUACUAGUGUGGGUUAUUUUACAAUAAAAUUCACAAUGAAAAAAUUACUUUUUUUAAAUUUUUUUUUAUUUUAAACUUAAUGGGUUCUCUAACCACCAGGACCACUUAAGUGACUCAAGUGGCCAUGAUGCCAGGAGUUAUUAUUAUUAUUAUUUAUAUAACUAAUAUAGCUUGGUUGCUUCAUCUAAGUGUUACUUCUAAUUGUGUAGUUGGAGAUAUUCUGGACAGUGCUGCUUCUAAGUGUGUAGUUGGAGAUAUUCUGGAGAUAACCUGGAGGUAAUCUGAGGUAUUCAGGAGGAUAAAUACAAAGUUAAGAUUUGUUUGAUUUAAAUUAUUCUCCUCAUUGGAAUGGCAGACUUAGUUCAGUGUAAUAAUUGCUAUGCAUUGGUUUCACGUUCCACUUUUUGGAGGUUUGGUUGUUGUCUAAUCUGUAGACAGUUCUCUAUCUUGCGGCAGGAGAUUGUAUUCUUGAAGUCUGAGAUUUGUAAAUUAUAUGGUAAACUCAGACUGGAAAUGCUGCAAAGCCACUGCCGCAGAGACAUACUAGGAAUGGCAGAUGGAUUACUGUAGGAUCUGGUAGACUUAGAGUUGUGGAUAAAAGGCAUAUUGCACAGUCUGUUACUCUACAUAAUUCAUUUUCUGCACUUUCAGAGUGUAAUGGUGUUGUGGAGAGAGGCACUGAGGCUAGUGGUGUUGUGGAGACAGGCUCAGGCACUGAGGCUAGUGGUGUUUUGGAGACAGGCUUGGAGACUAUGGUGAGUACUAAUAGAAAGCAGUUGUUGGGGAUUCUAUCAUAAGAGGUGUGGAGAUAGACAAUGGUGGUCUUGUGAGGUGUCUUCCCGGAGCUACUGCUCACAGACAGGAGACGUAUCUGUAAUAUUGUUAAAGGACCACUCUAGGCACCCAGACCACUUCAGCUUAAUGAAGUGGUCUGGGUGCCAGGUCCUUCUAGGGUUAACCCAUUUUUCAUAAUUAUAGCAGUUUCAGAGAAACUGCUAUAAUUAUGAAUGGGUUAAGCCUUCCCCCUAAUCUCUAGUGGCUGUCUCAUUGACAGCCACUAGAGGCGCUUGCGUGCUUCUCACUGUGAUUUUCACAGUGAGGCACGCAAGCGUCCAUAGGAAAGCAUUGUAAAUGCUUUCCUAUGGACAACUGCGCGCCAGCUCUUGCAGCGUGCGCAUUCAGCCCCGAGGAAUAACGAGGAGGAGGAUCGGAGAGCUCUCCGCCCAGCGCUGGAAAAAGGUAAGUUUUUACCCCUUUCCCCCUUCCAGAGCCGGGCGGGAGGGGGUCCCUGAGGGUGGGGGCACCCUCAGGGAACUAUAGUGCCAGGAAAACGAGUAUGUUUUCCUGGCACUAUAGUGGUCCUUUAAGCGAGCAAAGCAGGAAGGGGAAUUGGAUGUACUAGUCCAUCUAGGGACAAAUGACGUGGCUUGCUAUGAGGUUUCAGAGGUUAAAUUAGUUUUUAGUGUUUUUGCCAAUGAUAUACGGCAGGUUGCUUCCACACUGUCAUUCUCUGAAGUUCUGCCUGUGCAUAACACUCAGAACGACAGGCGGAUGCGUAUUAGGGACUUUAAAGGACCACUAUAGGCACCCAGACCAGUUCAGCUUAAUGAAGUGGUCUGGGUGCCAUGUCCAGAUAGGAUUAACCCUUUUUUAAGUAAACAUAGCAGUUUCAGAGAAACUGCUAUGUUUACACGGAGGGUUAAUCCAGCCUCUAAAGCCUCUAGUGGCUGUCUCAUUGACAGCCGCUAGAGGCGCUUGCGUGCUUCUCACUGUGAAAAUCACAGUGAGAAGACGCCAGCGUCCAUAGUAAAGCAUUCAGCAGAUGACGUCGCUAGGAAGAAGGGGAGGAGGAGGAAAGCUCCCUGCCCGGCGCUGGAGAAAGGUAAGAUUUUAACCCCUUACUCUCCCCAGUGCCCGGCGGGAGGGGGACCCUGAGGUUUGGGGCACCCUCAGAGCACUAUAGUGCCAGGAAACGAGUAUGGCUUGGUGAAUGGUGUCGGGAGCAAGGAUUUGGCUUUAUUUCUCAUGGUAGCUCUGUUUGGAAUGGAAAUAAACUGUACAAAAAAGAUGGUUUGCAUCUUUCUCAAAAGGGAACAAAUGUUCUCAGUGAGCAGUUCAGAGGUUUUGCUAGGAUGUAUUUAAUCCCUUAAGGACACAUGACAUGUGUGACAUGUCAUGAUUCCCUUUUAUUCCACAAGUUUGGUCCUUAAGGGGUUAAACUAGGAGGGAGGGGCAAAAGGGUGAUACAACAUCAAUCCAAUUUUACCCCCAAAACAAGGACAGAAGGUGCAUGUAGCAAGUGUGUUAAAAAAUUAUAAGCUUAGAGUCAUGUCUACAAAUGCUUGCAGUUUAGGGAAUAAGAUCCAUGAACUUGUGGCAAUAAUGGCAACUGAUAGUGUAGAUUUAGUCGCUGUUACUGAGACAUGGUAUAAUGAGAAAAAUGACUGGGUAAUAGCAAUACCAGGAUACUCUUUAUAUAGAAAAGACAGGGAAGGCAAGAAAGGGGGAGGGGUGGCCCUGUAUGUGAAGGAUAGCAUAAAAUCUAGCAUAAUAAGUUAGUGAAGCGAACAUAGAUGACGUUUGGGUUACGUUAGAAUUUGGUAAUCACACAGUAACUCGUGUAGGUGUGAUUUAUAGGCCCCCAGGACAAAUUGAAGAGUUAGAUAAUCUACUAGUUGAGGAAAUAGCUAAAAUGACAAGGGGGAAGUUAUCAUCAUGAGUAACUUUAAGCUUCCUGAUGUAAAUUGGAAAACAAAAUUAGCUACUUGUGCCAGGAGCACACAUAUUCUAAACUCCCUACUGGGAUUGUCUCUAAAACAAGUCGUUGAGGAGCCAACUCAUAAAGAUGGCAUACUAAAUUUAGUGUUAACAAAUGGAGAUUUGAUAUCAGAUAUUACUGUAGGUGAAAGUUUAGGAUCCAGUCAUCAUCAGUCAGUGUGGUUUAGUAUAAGAACAGUGACUCACACCACACAAAAACAAAAGUUUUAGACUUUAGAAAAACAGACUUUUCUAAAAUUAGAAUAUGCGUAAAGGAGUCAUUAUCAGACUGCAGCAAUUUAAAUGGAGCCCAAGAGAAAUGGAAUUAUUUAAAAGUUGCACUACUGAAGGCAACAGAAAUUUGCAUUAGGCUUGUCAGUAAAAGCAAAAAAUUCAAGAAACCACUGUGGUACUCUGCAGAUGUGGCCAAAAUAGUAAAAAACAAAAAGUUAGAAUUUAGUAAUUAUAAAAAAAAACCCAGAGUGAGGAAGACAGAAUGAUCUAUCAGCUUAGGCAGAAAGAGGCUAAGCAAGUUAUAAGAGCUUCCAAAUCACACACAGAAGAGAAAAUAGCACAGUCAGUAAAAAAAGGGGGACAAAACAUUUUUUAGAUACAUAAAUGAGAAAAGUAAAACAAGGAUUAGUUAGAUUAAAAACAAGAGAAGGAAGGCAUGUAGAAGAGGAUAAAGGUCUAGCUGACUGCCUCAAUUAAUAUUUUUGUUCGGUAUUUACAGAUGAAAAUGAAGGAAAGGGACCUCAGUUAAGAAAAAGGAUAAAUUAGUCAUUUAUUACACCUGAGUUUACAGAUGAAGAGGUUCUAUUUCAACUGUCAAGAGUAAAGACAAAUAAGUCGAUGGGGUCUGAUGGGAUACACCCAAAGUUAUUAAAAUAACUUACUGGUGUACUAGCAAAUCCAUUUACAGAUUUAUUUAACCAAUCAUUGUUAACAGGAGCAGUCCCAGAAGAUUGGAAGUUAGCGAAUGUUGUGCCCAUUCACAAGAAAGGUAAUAGGGAGGAGUCGGGCAACUAUAGGCCAGUAAGCCUUACUUCAGUAGUGGGGAAAGUGAUGGAAACCAUGUUAAAGGAUAGGAUUGUUGAACAUCUAAAAACACAUGGAUUUCAAAAUCAGACAUAACAUGGGUUUACUUCAGGGAGAUCACGCCAAACUAAUCUUAUUGAUUUUUUUUGAUUGGGUAACUAAAAUUAUAGAUCAGGGUGGUGCAGUAGAAAUUGCUUACCUAGAUUUCAGUAAGGCUUUUGACACUGUUGCACAUAGAAGGCUUAUCAAUAAACUGCAAUCUUUAAGUUUGGAUUCCAAUAUUGUUGAAUGGGUUAGGCAGUGGCUGAGUGACAGGCAACAGAGGGUUGUAGUCAAUGGAGUAUAUUCGAAGCUUGGUCUUGUCACCAGUGGGGUACCUCAGGAAUCUGUACUUGGACCCAUUCUCUUUAAUAUUUUUAUUAGUGAUAUUGCAGAAGGUCUUGAUGGUAAGGUAUGUCUUUUUGCUGAUGAUACUAAGAUAUGUAACAGGGUUGAUGUUCCAGGAGGGAUAAGCCAUAUGGCAAAUGAUUUAGAUAAACUAGAAAAAUGGUCAGAGUUGUGGCAACUGACAUUUAAUGUGGAUAAGUGCAAGAUAAUGCAUCUUGGACAUGAAAACCCAAGGGCAGAGUACAGAAUAUUUGAUAGAGUCCUAACCUCAACAUCUGAGGAAAGGGUUUUAGGGGUGAUUAUUUCUGAUGACUUAAAGCAGACAAUGUAAUAGAGCAGCAGAAAAUGCAAGCAUGAUGCAAGGUUGUAUAGGGAGAGGUAUUAGCAGUAGAAAGAGGGAAGUGCUCAUGCCAUUGUACAGAACACUGGUGAGACCUCACUUGGAGUAUUGUACUGGAGACUGUAUCUUCAGAAGGAUAUUUCAGAGGAGAAGGAGAGUUCAGAGAAGGGCUACUAAGCUGGUUCAUGGAUUGCAGGAUAAAACUUACCAGGAAAGGUUAAAGGAUCUUAACAUGUAUAGCUUGGAGCAAAGACGAGACAGGGGGGAUAUGAUAGAAACAUUUAAAUACAUAAAGGGAAUCAACACAGUAAAGGAGGAGACUAUAUUUAAAAGAAGAAAAACUACUACAACAAGAGGACAUAGUCUUAAAUUAGAGGGACAACGGUUUAAAAAUAAUAUCAGGAAGUAUUACUUUACUGAGAGGGUAGUGGAUGCAUGGGAUAGCCUUCCAGCUGAAGUGGUAGAGGUUAACACAGUAAAGGAAUUUAAGCAUGUGUGGGAUAGGCAUAAGGCUAUCCUAACAAUAAGAUAGGCCAGGGACUAAUGAAAGUAUUUAGAAAAUUGGGCAGACUAGAUGGGCCAAAUGGUUCUUAUCUGCCGUCACAUUCUAUGUUUCUAUAACGCCACACAUCCGGAGAUAGUUGGUUGCACGACCGACAUAUGUGAAUUUUUGCAGCCAUGAACACUGUACACAUGUUUGUCAUCAGUGUGCUUGUGACAGGUGUAAUCAUGUUCUCCCUUCCAGUAAGUACACCUGCAAGGGAUGCCCUCAUUCUGUUUCUUUUCUUUAAUUUUAUUUCUUUAAUUCCCUCCUUCCUUUUGCUGGCUCAGAGGCUGCGCAUGCACUUUGAGUCGUUGAAACUGCCCUGUCAAAUGCUUCUUUAUAAAAAGUAUUUGAUAGGACUACGUGAGUGUGCAUCUCCAUGCUCGAUUUCAAGUAAGAUUAUUUUUAUUUUCAGGUUUUAAAGGAGGGGGUGACGGAAAGCCUAGCUAGCAAUUCCCAAUUAAGAUAUAGUAAGCUUACCAAAAAAAAAAAAAAAGUUACGGUAGAGUAACUAUCACAUUAUAAAGUUCUCAAAGUAGCUUUUUCACUUAAUAGUUAAAAAGGUAACUUUCUGGUCAGAGUUGUUUGUGCGAUAGACCGAUGUGUUAUACCAUUGAAUGCUUAUCGGGGUAAAGUGCUAAGUACACACUUAAAGAAACUCUUCCACCAGCAUAACUUAAGUGACUCUGCCAUCUUAUGGGGUAUGCGCGCGCAUUCAGCCGGUCACAUAGGAAAGCAUUCAUAAGGCUUUCCUAUGGACGCUUGCAUGCUCUCACUGUGAAAAUCACAGUGAGAAGCACGCAAGCGCCUCUAGCGGCUGUCAAUGAGACAGCCACUAGAGGGAAUGGGGGAAGGCUUAACCCAUUCAUAAACAUAGCAGUUUCUCUGAAACUGCUAUGUUUAUGAAAAAAUGGGUUAACUCUAGCUGGACUUGGCACCCAGACCACUUCAUUAAGCUGAAGUGGUCUGGGUGCCUAGAGUGGUCCUUUAAGAACUUCCUGCUCUUAACGAUUUAAAAAAAAAAAAAGGUUGCUUGCAGCAAGCUGUAGUAGUUAUGAUGUUUUGUAGUUUUCUUUAAACUUAUUUAAGUUGUUUUGGUGUAUUGAAUCAUUGUAUUUUGAUGGGGAACAUUCAGUGCCUCCUUGUAGAGCGUGGAGGUGCUGAACGUAGGUGCAGCACUGGACUAGGAAUCACCUCUAGUGGCUGUCUGUAUGACUGUCAGUAUAGGUGGUACUAGGUAGCAAUACAAGAUUGAUGAUCUCAGCCAUGGAAGUGGGACCAGCUUUAGUGAGACUGGCAUGGCGUGUGGAAAAAGGUUAGUUAAAAAAAAAAAAAGUAAUAUUCUGGCUCCUAGCAUUACUAAACAGCGCUCAAUGGAGCAGAGACAAAGAACUGCAGGACAUUUACUGCUCCCUCGGCUGACUGCGUUCACCAAAAGGAUGACAAACACCCGGGCACCAGGAGAAAAAUUCCAGUCGCCAUGGCGACCUGGCGCCUGGGAUUUGUCAAGCUCUGGUAUAGAUUAUGUGUAUGCAGUCUCACUGUUCAAUUCUGUCAUUUAGGAGUUAAAUAAUUUUUUUCUGUCAAUGCAGCCCUAUCAACCCCUCCUGUGACUGUCACUCACACAGCCUUUAUGAUCACAUGUUGACUUCUUUUGAAGUUUGUAUCCUCCCCUCUGUAAAUAGCCCUGAAGUCUCAUGCAAACUUCAAAAGGCAAUUAGCAAAGCAGGAGAUAAGAAGUUCUAGAAUAAACAGGGGCAUGAUCUAUACACCCAAACUGCUUCAUUGAGCUAAAGUUGUUUUGUUGACUAUAGUUUCCAUUUAAUUCCAAAAUAAAAAAUUGAGGCAAAAAGAGCUGAUCUGGAAAAAAUAUCCAAACCCGCUAUAGUCACAACUGGCUAUUUUGGGCUUAGUUUUUUCCGUUCGGAUUUCGUUAUCCAAAAUUUGUAGUUUAGUAUUAGUGUGAGUCGUAGUGGCGGCAACUAGGUGUAAUGAGUGUGUGGGGAUGACUGGCUGUAUAUUAUGUAUCAUCCAGCUCACACAUUACAUACUGCCAGAAGUGUGUUGGCUGUUUGUAAUGUGUGCGUGCCCGUUGGUUGUAUGUAGUGUGUGUGCCUUACUUGUGUGUUUCAGAACAGCUGAAUUAAAGUAGAGUAUGGUGAGGGAAAUAUAAUGCGUGAGUAAAUGGGAGAAUUGUGUUCAUGCACUGUUCUCUUGGCCUUUAUAUCGUGUCAGUUUCUGUGCUUUUUAUAACUAAAAGCUCAAUAAACAAUAGUGCUGUUGGGUCACUGUCAGAUCUAAAAGGCUCUAAGAGCACAAGUGAAUAUAAAUCUAUUGUGCAACAUGUUUAGACUACAAUUCUCUCCAAUAAAACAUUUGAUUAGUCUUAAUUACACAGGUACAUUGCGUCUUUUAGGUUAGGUUUUCAAUCCUGAAUUUACUUUUUUAUGACUUUAUUAAAUCUAUCUUACAGCAGAAAGAAAGGAAAUAGCCAUAGCUAAAUGAUUUUAUUGCAAACAGGAAUUCUCUCCGUUAAAGACCCACUCCAAGCAGCAUAACCAUUACAUUACACUUUACUGGUUAUCGUGCCAAUAGUACUUUGGCGCUUCACAGUUGGCAGACCCCAAGUAAGAAGUGAAACUAUUCUAGAAUGGCGAACCCCAGGUAAGGAGACAAACCUUUCUAAAAUGGUUUGACUAUUUACCAUGGGGGUAUUCCAGUGCACUCCUGGUACAAUAACUACAGCAUACAGUAGAUGUUUGGUGUCCUGAGUGUUCCUUUAACUUUUUAUGCCCUUUACCAUAGGUUUCUUUUUUUCUUUUUAUGGCUCUCCAACCUAUCAUUGUAAAAAAUGUAUCUAGAAACUGUUUAUUUUUUCGAAGACCUCGUACAUUCAGCCAAAGUUGUACGGUACACUAUUGAGUGGUCUAGGGGUCUGACUUAACUCUUUACGUAAUUCCAUAUGCUGGAAAAAAACAAACUUGCAUCCAUCAAAUUCAGCCUUUUUCCACAUCUUAUUUUGCUGUUAAUCCAAAAGAAGGGGAAAAGGGCAACACUUGUUUGUUCAGCAAAUAAGGAAGUGUCCAGCAGAUCAGAUGUGCAGUUGUUCAACUGACUGUAACAGAAGACCAAACAAGAAUUUUCAAUGUAAUGGCUAAAAGUGAGUAUGAACUAUAUUUUCUUUUACAGGUUUGAGAGAUGGGAAAGUGUUGUUGGCCUCGAAAUCCAUGCACAGAUUAAUUCAGAAUCCAAGCUUUUUUCAAGCUCACGUGUUCAGUUUGCUGCCCCUCCUAAUUCUACAGUUUCAUUUUUUGAUGCUUCUUUGCCAGGAACCUUGCCUGUAAGUAAUUCAUUGUUAAUGAUUUUAUGUACGUAAUGUAUUGGUAAAGAUAAUGACUACUUCACAUUUACCUACAUGUCUUGUGUAAUUAUACCCCAUUCUGACAAGGAGAAUAUGCAUUACAUAUUAGCAGCUCACAAUUAUAGGGACUCUCCAGACCUCUAAAGCUCAUCAUCUUUAGGAUCAUGGAGUGUCCCUAUAGGGUUUUGGAGUGUCAGAGAACCACAAAGACUUUCAAUGUCCUUGUGUGGCAAGAAGAAGCCAAAUGUCCUCUAAUGCUUCUCACUGAGAAGCAUUAGAUUAAAUGAUCCUCUGGGAAGCAUUUAAUUAGAGGGGUGGUGGGCUUUCCGUACAUGUGCUUCUCUAUGAGACGCAUUGUAUUAGAUGAGAAGUUGGAAGUUGUUGGAAGUUGUCAGCAUUGCUGGUGAAAAAGGAGGCAGAGUGGGCAGCAUGCACAGAAUCUCAGCGCUGGGAAAAAAAUUAAGUAAAUCGUUAUAUAUCUUACAUUUUGAAUCGUACACUGGGGGCGGAGGUGAAUUGUGCUUGGCAUAGAGUGUAUAAAAAAAGUAUAGCAUCCCUUUAAAGGGUUAUUCCAAGCACCAUGACCACUGUAGUGAUGGUACUUGUUAUCUGUAUGUGGCGCAGUUCAGUUUGAAAUGUGCCACUCCGCAUCUCCUCAUAGGGAUGCAUUGAAUUAACCCUUUUGCUGCCAGAGGUGUGACUUCAUCUCCCGCAGCGUCAUUAGCCAACCACGAAUAAGAGCGGCAACAGGCGACCAAUGACGCCCUCUCCGUACCUCAGCCUAUCCUACAGAUGUGUCCCCUCCCCCCUGUGAGGAGGAGUGAUGUUUCGAGAAGAGAAUCAGACUGUGUCGAAAAACUUGGUCUUCGUAUGGGAUCAAACGUAAGUUUUCCUUUGUCUAUUGUGAUUAUUUUUUGCAAAGAGAAAAGCUUAAUCAUUCUUUCCUCGCGUAGAGCCACAGCACAAGAGAAUUGUUAGCAUGCUUAACCUCCUUACAGCCCUUUAAAUACCUUAAACACAGGACCACGUCCAUUCUUACUUGUGCCUUGAGUGGGAUUGUGAAGUAAUCCACCAGUAACAAAUUGCAAGUGCUGAAGUGUGGGUUCCCUUAGCACUUUAGCCAACCGAGUGGUGUGCUGUUUGUUUAUUGCGUCAGCGCAUUUACAGGAAGUCUGGGUGACAUAUUUAUGGAUGUGCAUUGUGGGCUCUGGCUGACCCAGGUGACUGCCAAUCAUCUUGCAGGUAUGGAACCUGCUCACAGUAAGUAGAACCCACACCCAACAGGUGAUGUGUUCCAGAUCAGUUUCUGCACAGGCACAAAUGGAAAGUCUGCCUUUGGCCUCAAAUAUAAAUGGCCCAAAGGAUUUAAAAAGCUGCAUUAUCGGUUUGACAGCCAGGCUGUUUGUCAUAACAGGAUCUCAAUUUCCACCUGCCCCCCCACAUGGUCUAAGGCCAGAUGAGGUUAAAAGGUUUUUUUUUUUUUUUUUUUUUUUUAAAGCACUUGGCAUGUGCAGAAUACACCUCUUCUGGAUGGUCACAUAGAGGCAUUAUGCAAACACUUUCAGGAAGCACUGGAAAAGACCAAGCAAAUUGACAUGAAUCUCAUUUUAUCCUGUUUUUGAGAACCUUUCUUAAACAUAUGCAAAUUAAAGAGGCUAAUUUUAAAGAGGCAAAAAGAUUAUGAAUAAGCAAACCAAUCAGAAACAUUUAAAAUCCAGUCUGUUCCAUCAGACAGACAAUGAUAUUGUUAUGUGUGUGUGACUCUGAGUGAGUGUGUGUGUGUCUGCGUUUAGGUACCUGCCCCCCUCCGAUCAUAUGAGGAAGGUGUUUUUAUUUACCUUUCUUUUUCCAUGCUGUGCCAUUUUCACAGCAGCUGGUACCACCUCAAUGGCUGAGCUUAUCAAUCUUUAUGAUCUAAGCUAAUGCUUGCCCUUAGGAAAGCAUUGAGAGGAUGUUGUACAUGCACAACAAAUGUGCCACUCUGCAUAUCCUCAUAGGGAUGCAUUGAAUUAAAGGGACACUAUAGUCACCAGAACAACUACAGCUUAUGGAAUUUGUUCUGGUGAGUAGAAUAAUUACCUUCAGGCCUUUUACUGUAAACACUGUCUUUUCAGAGAAAAUGCAGUGUUUACAUUACAGCCUAGUGAUAACUUCAAUGGCCACUCCUAAGAUAGCUGUUUCUUACUGGGUCAUGGCGCCAAAAAUGCAUUUAAGCAUUCAGUAUUUCCUCCCUCUGCAUGCAGACACUGAACUUUCCUCAUAGAUAUUCAUUGAUUCAAUUCAUCUCUAUGAGGAGAUGCUGAUUGGCCAGGGCUGUGUUUUAAUUGUGCUGGCUCUGCCCCUGAUCUGCCUCUUUGUCAGUCUCAGCCAAUCAUAUGGGGAAGCAUUGUGAUUGGAUCAGGCCACCACUUCUGAUGAUGUCAGAGGUCAGAAGAAGUUCACCGGCAGAAGCAGCAUUCAGACUUGUAUAGAAGUAAGAUUUUACUAUCUUUAGGGGGGCCAAGGGGAUAGAUAGUGGUUUUAACACUAUAGGGUCAGGAAUACAUGUUUGUGUUCCUGACCCAAUAGUGCUCCUUUAAUGAAUCUCUAUGAGGAACAUUCAGCGCCUACAUGCAGAGCUUGGAAACCCUGAACGCUGGUGCUGCUGUGACCCAGGACUCUGUAGUGGCCGUCUGAGUGACUGUCACUAGAGGUGUUGCUAAGCAGCAAUGUAAACACUUACGUUUUGCUGUAAAGGCAGUGAUUACACUGAAAAGCCUGCAUGAACAGCCUAUAGACACCAGAACAACUACAUCAAGCUGUACUGGUUCUUGUGACUAUAGUGUCCCUUUAAGAAUUGCAUUUUUCUCGUUGGAAAUGACUGGCUCCUAACUUUUUUAGCUGGCUCCUAGAUUCCAAACAAAUUUGUCAAGCCCUGACUAAAAGGAACAUCCCUCUUGUAUUUCCGAUGAUACAAAGGCAAAAAAAAAUAUAAAGGUAGUAAAAAUAUUUUUCACUUGCAUAAUAUUACCUGUGAGAAAAGCAUUGCCACACAAUCUCUACGACGUAUUUUUCUGUUUUACCUACGUAUACUUUUUAUAAAAAAAAAAAUAUAUUUUUAUUUUUUUAGGUAAUUAACAGAAGAUGCAUUGAAGCAGCUGUAAUGACAGGCUUGGCUUUAAACUGCACCGUAAAUAAGAAAUCCCUUUUUGACCGAAAGCACUAUUUCUAUGCAGACUUGCCUGUGAGUACUUUUUCCAAUGUUUAUCAAUAUAGCCAAUCUUCGAACUAGGUUUGGUGUAAUUAUGAGAUGCGUUACUAAUGCAUCAUGUGUUAGUGGUUUAAUUUGUAUUUUAAAGCAUGUUUAAAUAUUGUAUGCAGUAAAAAUAAGACAAACUCUGCCUAAAACAGUAGCACAUGUUACAUACGUGGCAUUGCAACAGUGACCUACCGUAUUUAUCGGCGUAUAACACGCACCGGCGUAUAACACACACCUCAUUUUAAGAAAGAAAUUUCAGGAAAAAAAAACUUAAAUUUCAAAUAAAGAACUUCUUACCCCCUUCUUACUCCCCCUCUUCUUACCCCCCUUUUACUCCCCUCCCCUCUUCUUACUUCCCCUCUUACCCUUCUUACUCCCCUCCUCUUCGCCAGCCCCUUUCUUACUCCCCUCUUCUUACCCCUUUCUUACUCCCCUCUUCUUACCCUCCUUUCUUACUCCCUCCCUCUCUUACUUCCCCACCCCCUUCUUACUCCUCUUCUUACUUCCCCUCUUACUCCUUCUUACUCCCCCUCUUCUUGCCUUUUCUUCCUCCCCUCCCUGGCUCCCUCCCUCCCCUCCCCUAGCUCCCUCCCCUAGGCUCCCUCCCCCCCCUGGCUCCCCCACCUCUAGCUUGCCCUCUUACCCCCCUGCACCCUCUUCUUACACCCCUCUUCUUACCCCCUCUUCUUACCCCCCUCUUCUUACCCCCUCUUCUUAAAUCCCCCUCUAUUUACCCCCUCCCCCCUCCUUUCUUGCCCCUCUCUUGUUCCUGUUUCUUAUUUUCCCCCCUCCCCUCUUGACAGAGCGCUCAGGCGGCUGCAGUAUUUAAAGGGCCGGCGUAUAACACGCACCCACAAUUUGCUCCCUAUUUUCAGGGAGAAAAAGUGCGUGUUAUACGCCGAUAAAUACGGUAACUGUUAUGUAAUAAACAUUAGCAGAAUUAAUUUUCCAAUGUAGAAUAACCAACUUGAAUGAAGUAUUAUUAAAUGGGGAGAAAACAUGCAUAAGCAGGGUUAAGAAGAUUUAUAUUUAAUUUAGCAAAAUCUGUACUAAAUUGAGAAUGCCAAAAAUAAUUUAACCCCUUAAGGACUGAGGCAGUCCUACAAGUUCAGAUUAAAACGUAAACAAAACCUUGAAUUUGCUCUCUAUAUAUAUUUUGAACAUACAUAUACAUAUAUGUAUGUAUGUAUGUUCAACCAUAAUUCACCUCUUUCAUAUUAAAUGCACCCACUUACUAGAUAUCAUUUUGUUCAGGAGAAACAGGGCUUUUCAUGUCACAUCAAAUAACUAUGUAAGAAACCUAAUUUAAUAUGAAUACAAUAUUUUAAAAAGUGAGAAAUUAUAUAUAUUUUUUUCAGUUCUGCACGGCAUUUUAACUGUGAAUGUCAUAAUACUGUUUCUGCAAUAUAAUUCACAUAUUUGUAUUCAGUGAUGUCUCACGAGUAAAACCAUACCCCUCAUUUACAGUUUUUGUGGUGUUUUGGAAAGUUACAGGGUCAAAUAUAGCACGUUACAUUUUUCAGUUUAUACACAUUAAAAAUGUGUUGUCCUGGUUAUGUUGCCUUUGAGACCGUAUGGUAUCCCAGGAAUGAAAAUUACCCCCAUGAUAGCAUACAUUUGCAAAAGUAGACAACACAAAGUAUCACAAAUGGGGUAUGUCCAGUCUUUUUUAGUAGCCACUCCAAAAUUAGAGUUUUGGUCAGUGCUUGUGAAAAUAUAAAUAUAAAUAUAUAUACCCCCUAUAUUGUACAUGGCCCAGGACGGCCGGAUUAGCUGCAGGGGGACUGCCUGGGAUGUUGUUGUAUUGGUGCCUGGAUUUCCUCCUUAAGGAAAACAAUAUUUGCAAUUUUAUAAAUAACCCUUCUACUUCCAUUUGUAAGUGUGUUUGAGCAGGGCUCUUGUAUCUCUUGAUAUUAUUUUGUUUAUUUGAUGUUGUUUUUGCCCACUGUAUAAUUAAAAAAAAAUUCAGAAUAGAAAUGCACUAUAAAAUAUUUACUAAUAAUAAUUUUAUUCUCUCAUUGCCUAGAAUAUGUGCAGUUAUAGAGAGGUUAUAGAGAGGUAGAAGUAUGACCUGUCCAAUAUUGGCUUUUGAACAAACAUUUGAAGGAUUGUAAUAUUUGGCAUUGAAUAUACUUUGAUGCAAACACUUUGCAUGUUUGUCUUAAUCACUAAUCUUAGAUUGUAAAGAUAAAGUGAACCCUGUGGAAUAAACUACAAAGAGUGGACCCUGUGGAGCGCAAAAAUUUUUUUUUUUCCAAAUAAGCAUUUACCCUCCUAAAUAUAAGGGAUGAGGUAUAUUGGAACAAGGGUAUCUAAAAGAGAAAACUUGGCAAAACAAUGGUGUAGAAUGUCAACACUAACAAAGUGACAUGUGCAUAUAUAUGGACUACACUCACAUGAUGUAGAUCCCUAAAAGGAUAGGCUCAAAUUUAAUUUGCAGGGGUAUAUUGGGUAAUACCAGGACCUGUUCCAAAUCUUGAUUCACAGGUUCUUAAACAAAAGAGAAAGUGUGGUACAUAUAUAUGUCACUUUGUCAGUGUUGACAUACUACAUUGUUUUGCCACUUUUUCUCUUUUAGAUACCCUUGUUCCACUAUACCUCCUUCUGUAUUUAGGAGGGUAAACACUUAUUUGGAAAUACAUUAUUUUAGCGCUCCACUAGGUCCACUCUUUGUAGUUUAUUCCACUGGGCUUACGUGUUGAGCUGGUGUGUGUGUGUGUGUGUGUGUGUGUGUGUGUAUAUGUAUGUAUGUAUGUGUGUAUAUGUGUGUAUAUAUAUAUAUGUAUAUAUAUGUAUAUAUAUGUGUAUAUAUAUAUAUAUAUAUGUAUGUGUAUAUAUAUAUAUAUAUAUAUAUAUAUAUAUUUUGUGUAUCAUUAAAUGCCUUUUUAUACCUUACGAAUUGUGUAAAUGUAAUAGUAAAGUGUAUUAUAGAAACUGUAAUGCUAUUUGAAAUGUAGAUUUAGAUAGACAAAAUCUGUGUGUUUAAUAUUUCUUUUUAGUUUCAUGCACUUUACCUGAAUGUCUGUGUUCUCAAAAUAGACAGGUUCCGUUUUCUAACAUAACCCUGGUCUGUUCAUUUUAAUUUGAUACUGUUUAAAACGGCCACUAUUCUUACUAGGAACGAAUCAAGUUUCCAAAAAGUGCCUUUAUGGGAAAAAAAAAGGAAAAUAGGUAAGUAUUCUAAUUAGUGUUUUUAAAUUGAACCAGAAAUCUUUGUGACACUAUCAAAUUAAAAUGAACAGACCAGGGUUAUGUUAGAAAACGGAACCUGUCUAUUUUGAGAACACAGACAUUCAGGUAAAGUGCAUGAAACUAAAAAGAAAUAUUAAACACACAGAUUUUGUCUAUCUAAAUCUACAUUUCAAAUAGCAUUACAGUUUCUAUAAUACACUUUACUAUUACAUUUACACAAUUCGUAAGGUAUAAAAAGGCAUUUAAUGAGGUAGGCAGCUAUAUAUCGUUGGGUGUCGUGUCCAAGGACACUUACUGGUAAGGUGGUCUGUGUAGGAUUUAAGUCUGGUCUAAGGCAGUUCAACUUCUCUAUCCAGCCAAUAAAUAAAGUAAUCUAAAGUUUGUCAAUUUCUGCAUAUUGCAUGAUCACUGUAGAUUAGUCACAUUAUUAUUUAAUUUGAUGGUUCCUUGUAUAAGAGCCAUCUUAUUAAUGAGAACAAACGCAAUCUAAACAAAUUACUAAGGUCAUUGUUAGUGCUAUUUUUCUUUCCCCUGGGGAUCCUAAUGGCUGUAGUCCCAUUCGGCACAUCACUUCUACAGGCCUAGUGAACUGACUCCCAACACAAUACCUCUGCAAGGACCAAAUCAAUUUCAGGUUUUUUGUUAUUACUUAUAAGAUUAUAUAGGUAUCUGAUCAUGUCACAGAAUUAUCACAGAACCAGCAGUUGUUUUUGACAGCUGUCAAAUGUUACUCCUAGUCUCAAGAAAUGGUUUGUUGAUAGUUCAUUGCCUAAAUUUGGCAAAAUUACAAAUAAGUAGCUUGCCAAACCACAACUCUCUGACCUUUUUGCUAAAGUAUUAAUAUUCUAAAGGAAACAUAUGUUAAAAUCAGAUUUAGACAAAAGGUUAUAAAUGUUUUAUAUGUAUAAUAUCUAUCUUAUAUGGAUAAUAUUUUUUAAAGGACCACUUCACACCCCAAAAGCACUGCAGCUUGUGUAAGUGCUUUAUUGGUGAGGAGUAUCCUAGUUUAACCCCCCAUGUUUCUAAAAGUGUUGAUUUCUAUCAUAAAUCUAUGUUUUUAUAAAUUAACUAUGGAACAUACCACCCACCCCCCAGCUGUCAAACAGCCAGAGAGAUUUGUAGCCUCCUCCCAGGAGCUAACGGAAGUGGCAGUCAUGCUUUUUAUGAGUGUGCCUGCCUCCUCCUACACAGACCAACCAGCUUCUCCAGACCUCAGCUCCAGGUAUGCGCGAAUUCAAAUUCAGAGGCUGUGAAAAUCUUCUGGGUAAAAUGGCUUGCUAAGGCUUCGUUUCAUGAUCUGCAGCCUUUGCAAGAUCUUUUAAGAUAUAUCCCCAAAAAAUAAAAGCAUAAAAAAUUGGGCUGUGGAGUGUUUCACAAAAUGGCAUAUUGAUUAUAGGAUUCUAUCCUAUCAGUCAUGUAGUUAGCAUUACAGUCCCAUUAAUAAGAACAUUGAUUGCUGCAUGCUCUGUGUGAACAAAACAAUUUGGCUUUGGUACAAGGGAAUUUGUAAAACAAAGCUUAAUAUGGGCUAUAAUUUUACACUAGAUUAGAAAAGUCAUAUGUCUCAAAGAACAAUUAUGGAGUCCACUGGGUGGAUGUGCACACUGUCCUGGAAGUAUAGGAAGUGUUAGGGGCGAUGUUUAGUAGAUGAAGCCCACGAUGCAGAAAAGGCUGUAAGUACAAAAUCAGCUUUGCAGUACAAUAGUCAGACGAAGAAUAGUAAGGAAAGCCAAAAUGUUAGCACAGGUGGCACAGGAUUGUAGUCGGAAAACUGGCAAAGAUCAAAUUCCAGGAAAACAACAGGAGUAGUGCAGUUUUAAAUAGGAAAAAGAGGUAUGCCCACUUAAUCUCAGCCUCCUUAAUCUCAAUUCCACCUUCUGUCACUUCAAGCGUUGCUUUGGCAUGUGUGCCUCAUAGGGCCCUCGCUCUGCCUCUCUGUCAUGUGGGAGUGGAGAGGGCUGACUCUAAUCUACGCUGCCACUUCUGUGAUGCGGCACCGCUUGUCCCUGGAGGACUGCGGGCAGUCAGCGGUGGUGCUGGAGGACGCGCUCCAACAUGGCACCUCCAUGCAGAGAGUAAGACGCAGCGUGGGAGCACAAUGUAAGGUGACUGUGAUAGGAUCAGUCUUAAUGCUUGUAUGUCUUUUAAUCUAUACAUUUGCUAGAUUUUGUUAGUCGACACAAUGUAUUGAUUUGACGUAUGCAACAUAAAAGUGAACUUGUUAACAAUAAAAGGAACAAGGUAGGUGUGAAAUGUAUCUCUCUCUCAUUAAUAUAAAUAUAUUAUAUAUCAUUUUUUAAUACAUAUUUUUAUGCAUUUUAAUUUCUUGAAUCUUAAAAUUGUAUAGUUCAUUAUACAAAUGUACCUUCUGCACUAAUAAAGAUCUUCCAUCAAUUGCCUCUUGUACUCUGUUUAUUUCCGGAUUGGCCACUGCAUUGCUCUUUCUCAUUAAGCAACACGAAGGACUAAUUGCACAUACAUAAGCAUCCUCUGGUUUUAAAUGACUUGAUGUAUAUUAUAUGGUGGCUAAUACCAAAUACAUUUAAGAUAACAAUGUAGGGCUUAUUCAUGAAAGUUAACUGUGAACCAAAUUGCAAAAUUUAGGCCAAAAUAGCUGUUUUUGGGAAAAAAAACAAAAACCUGUUGUGCUGAUUUUCUAGCUUGGCUGUUUUGACUUAAAUUUUGCAAUUCAGAUUUUAGUUCAAUGAAAUUUGCUGUUCAAUUAGCAAAAUAUUAUAAAUAGAUUACAUGUGGCUUUUAGAAGAGACACUCCAUGCUAGAAAUCACACCAGUUUUAUUGCAUUAUGAAGAUAAAAUUAAUAUGUGAAAAUCAAAUGUAAAAUAAUCUAUUUACCCUCUGCAAACUCUCAGGAAAACAGCAACAUCAAUGAGCCCUUUUGAGGAAGAGGCUUCACCAAUCAAGAGUGUCUCAUUCUCUAACAGUAAAUUAAGUUACUGUCAUUAACUAGAUUGAGACAAUACGUCCUUGCAUAUUGGGGGUCUGCGACUUUGUCUCUUUCAGUCAAUCACAAAUGUGUAGGUUUUUUUUUUAUAGUGCUAUAAAAUGUACUGUUGCAUAAAUACAGGUGAUACUCAAAAAAUUAGAAUAUCGUGCAAAAGUUCAUUUAUUUCAGUAAUACAACGUAAAAGGGGAAACUAUUGAGAUAGAUGCAUUACAUGCAAAGCAAGAUAGUUCAAGCCAUGAUUUGUCAUAAGUGUGAUGAUUAUGGCUUACAGCUCAUGAAAACCCCAAAUCCACAAUCUCAGUAAAUAUUCUAGGCUCACAGUGCCCCACUCUAAUCCGCUAAGUAAGCCAUAACACGUGCAUUUCUGAGCCUUUAAAUGGUCUCUGUCUGGUUCAGUAGGAAUCACAAUCAUGGGGAAGACUGCUGACCUGACAGUUGUGUAGAAAAUUACCAUUGACACCCUCCAUAAGGAGGGAAAGCCUCAAAAGGUAAUUGCGAAGGAAGUUGGAUGUUCCCAAAGUGCUGUAUCAAAGCACAUUAAUAGAAAGUUAUGUGGAAGGUAAGUGUGGAAAAAAGGUGCACAAGCAGCAGGGAUGACCGCAGCCUGGAGAAGAUUGUCAGGAAAAGGCCUUUCAAAAGUGUUGGGGACUUUUGCAAGGCGUGGACUGAGGAUGGGUUCAGUGCAUCAAGAGCCACCACACACAGACGGAUCCUGGACAUGGGCUUCAGAUGUCAUAUUCCUCUUGUCAAGCCGCUCCUGAACAACAAACUACGUCAGAAGUGUCUUACCCGGGCUAAAGAAAAACAGACCUGGUCUGUUGCUCAGUGGUCCAAAAUCCUCUGUUUUUUUACAACAGUGAGCACUGUUUAGAAGACAUGCCUCUACUCGCAGCAUUUCAAUCUCUUAUGUUAUUAUGGGGGUCAUAUUGACCCCCAUGGAGUGAGGGUGGACAUGAGGGGCUUAGGAAGUGGCAGGGAGCACUACUCCCUGCCGCUUCUAUUUUUAUAUUUUAAAUGGAGGGAGCUGCGAGCCGGUAGCUCCCUCCUUGUAAUAAACGGAACAAAUGAACAUCGAUAUUCGGUGUUUGUUUGUAUGUUCAUCUGACUUUUCUGUUCAUUCAUUCGUCUUUCUGACAAAUAAUGAAUAGUCGAAAUUCCCGUCCGAAUGCCGAACUUGGCAUGCGCGGGAAUUGUGUUGGCAGACGACUUGUCCCACAGGGACUUAAUCUACCCACACAAAGAUGGCGGCGCCCAGGACCUAGGGCAGAAAAUAACAUUUUAAAAACUAGCUAAAUGCUUAGGGGCAUUUGGGGGUGACUAGGAGGACAAUUAGAUGUAGUGGAGUUGGGAGGGGGGGGUAAAAAAAAUUAUCGGGAUUCUGCCAAUUUAAAGGAUCUGCUGCUAAUAUCUUGGUGCCGGAUACCACAAGACACGUUCAGUAGUCUUGUAGAAAAUCCAUGCCUUGACCAUCAGAGCCGUUUUGUCAAAAAAAAAAAAAAAUAUUGCCUCUUAGUUUUCCUUUCGGUUCGUAGGUUCUAUAAGAAAUUGUCAAGAACUGAUUUGUAGUCUUCAUGCAUUAAAAACCAAAAAACUUUCAUAAUGCUAAACUGUUGAGUCAAUAUACAAGAAGGCAGAUGGGUGAAACUAUAAAAUAAGCAAAGCAGUAAAAUUCCAUAGUGCAUAUAAGUGUGUAAUUUCUCAAAUAAUUAAAAAUAAUUACUGUAAUUUUUUGCACUAACAAAUGUAUUUCACAGCACUUCUGAUGUGGUAUUUCUGUGCUCAGAAUGGAACUAGUUAAUUUCAGAAGCAUUUAAGACACCAGCCAGGGUAAACUAAUUUUACUUUUGGAAGCUAUGCAUUUUAUAUAUUGUUAGAGACUAAUUUAAUGCACUGCCUGAUAGCCAGUUUAAAUGAUAUAUGUAUUCCUAAACAAUUACAAUCAUAAUUGCAUAUCUGGUAGUUUUAGUCCAUUCACACAAAAGGUAUCAAUGUUUUUCAGAUGAAACUGCCUGUUAAUUUUCUCAAUGACUCUUGUUCAUAAUGGAAUAGAAAAUCAGAAGAAGAAAAACAGCACUUAAAUUUAAUGCUUUAGACUAUAAUCUGUGUAUAAGUUUAAGGUAAAUACUUCCACUGAUCACUGAAUAUAUUGGAAAACAUGUUAAGGCACGUCUCUCUUCUCCUGUUGUUGACCCAGGUAACCACUGAAAAGUAAAUCUAGUGGACAGCUUAAAGUGACUACUUCACAUUUUAUUUCCAAUUUUUCUGCAUAGUAUUUCUGAGAAAUACUAUUAAUGCAUUUCUCUAAUGUGCUUAUAUAUUAUGCAGUAAACCUUUAAUAUGAACAGUUAGUGAUAUGUCUUACUAUAGAAUUUCAGCAUUCAGUUAAAUGCAAUACAUAAAAGCCUUUUUAAAUCUAGUGAUUCUGUCUCCAAUUUAGAAAACAAGCACAUGUAGCAUUUUUAUACUCUAGUAAGAAGUGAGGAACUUAUCAGGGUAAUGAUUGUGUAUUUGCAAACGGAACAAAAUAAUGUGUAAAGACAAAAUGUAAUUGUGGGGAAGAAAGCUGUCCAUGGGAAUAUAAAUAAUACAGAUUUCUUAACUCUGAUAGAAGUUUGAUAUCAUUAAAACCAAUGUUUCUAAAAUGUCCACUCCCAAGAAACUCUAAAAUUCACCUUUCUAUAGAUUUUUCUGUCAGCUUUGUUGAAUCUAGAAAAUUAUCUGAAUGAAUAUUUAAUCCCAGAUUUCACAAGCAGGAGAGAUGAAAGUAAAUCCCUCAAAAUAUACUAAUAUUCAUAAAAAAAUAAAAAUAAAAAAAGAAAGAUUCAAGUCCAUUUAGUUCAACCUAUAAUGCAUAUUUUUAUACUGUUGAUCCAAAAGAAGGGGAAAAAUCCAGUUUGACAAGAUGGCCAAUUGUUCCACAAGAUAGGGAAAAUUCCUUUCUUACUUCAUGGAUAUCAGAGAGAUCAAGUUCUCCUUGGUUCAACAAAUUUUGUGUUCCAAAAUCACAAAUCAUUAAUAAAUGCAGCAACAUAUACAUUAGGUUCCACAAAUCACAUAUCUCUAAUAAACAUGUAAAUGCAGUGGCAUCAGUUUUAUCCUUUUGAACUUUCUGAUAUAUUUGUAUUACUCUUUUUAUAUAUACAGAUAUAUAUUUUUUUUAUAUUCAUUUUUAAAUAUCCAUUUGUUUAUUAUUUAUUUUAUAUUCUCUGCCAUAUCUAUUGUAUUUUUUAAUUUCAUCUUUAUUUUUACUUCCAUAUUGUAUUUAUUCAUUUUUUUUUUUUUUAAGUAUCCUAAUUUUUUCUUGCACUCUAUUAUGUAUUCUUUAUAAUAAGAGUAUUUCUGAAAUAUCUCUUUCCUCACCAAAUAUCUUUAGAGCGGUUGUAAGAAAUCUGAUGGCGCUAUAUAAAUAAUAAAAUAAUAAGAAGAAACAGAUACAAAGUAUCAACCAGUCUGUGAAGUGCAUAUAAUUACAAUUGGAAAUGUGCCAAAACAAAUAUGGUGUUAAAAUUUGUAUAGUGCAUUAUUGCUUUUUUCCCCCCUAAUUUUUUGAAUAUAAUAUGUUUAGGACGAUGAUAAACAUUUAUUUGCAUAACCCAUUGUGUUCAAUAUGCAUAUUAAGGACUAUACAUCAAUCACAAGAUAUUCCACAGGCGGAAUCUACAAUCAGAGGCUGGAUCUAUAAAAAAAAAUCUGUUCCAUAUUCACUAUCAUUCCCUGAGGAAAUGAGCGCAAGACUCACAAAACGCGUAGGAUUUAGUGAAUAUCGAUAAGUAUCUAUGAGUUGUGUACCCUGGGAGCCCACGGUAUUUACACUCUGGCACUUUUGGCAUGCCUCACCGGAGAGACGCAAAGGUGGAGGAAGGUUUUCCUCAGAGCUCAUGGACCCGAUAUAUCUCAUGCUUACCAUCUGUUCACCAACUUGGAUCACAAGAUUAAAAUCAACAUGCUUAUUAUUAUUAUUAUUGCCAUUUAUAUAGCGCCAACAGAUUCAGUAGCGCUUAUGACAUCUCUACCCCAAUAGACCGGCAGACCUACUCGGGAACAAGCCCGAACUAUCCAGCUCAGAUUUGACUUUGAUUUUAUUUUUUUUCUCUCUUUUGGGAGUUAGUGUGCACACUUGGGAUUGAGAACUUCAGUGUGAAUAUCCCUUUCUCUCCCUUUUUAUAGCGUAUACUCAACAGUUUUUAUUGUAAGUCUUUACAUUAAUGUUCAGGUCUUAUUUUAUGUUUUAUGUCAUUUAAAAGUAUUGGAGAUAUGUAUACAUUUCUAUAUAUUGUGUAUAUAUGUUUUCCUUUUGCUCUCUUUUUAAAUGUAUACUGAUUUAUCCUUGGCUCAACAACCUGUUCCAAUGCAGACUAUUUAUAUUCUUGGGGGGAAAAAAGAGUGAGAGGGGGUGUAAGCACCACAUAUAUUAAGUCUCUCCCAUAGGAGACCGUUCUCAUAGGUAUUUUGAAGACGUUGGGCAUCCUUAUUCAGUGCGUGAGGACGUCCAGCAUUGUUUCAUUGAGUUGAACUUCAUGUAAACCAAGGAAGUGUUCCUAGUGGCUGUCUGAAAGACAACCACUAGAGGCAGUCUUAACACUUUAAUGUAAACAUUGCAGGUUUUCUAAAACUGCACUGCUAAACAUUGUAAGUUUAACAGAACAGGGACACUGCACCCGGACCACUUCAAUGAGAUGAAGUGCCUAUAGUGUCCCUUCAACAGAGACUGAAAUACAUGCAUACAUCUUGGCUAAAUGUUUUUUUUUUGCCAUAUUGAUAAUUAGUACCAUAUCAAAGCUAAUAUUUUAUUUCUUAUCUUGCAUCCCGAAUCUCUUCCCAGAAGAAGAAAAAAGAAAGCAAAUUAUUGUAAGAAAUUCCUCCAGUUAUCAGAUUAAUUGGUAAAUUGAUGACUGUAAUUAUAUACUUUGAAAUAAAUAAUACAUGCCACCAACAUAUUUUGCAGGCUGGUUAUCAAAUUACACAGCAGAGGCUUCCAAUUGCUGUUAAUGGAAAUUUGACAUAUCGUCAUCAAGUGGGAACAAAAUGGAAUGAGAUGGUUACAAAAUGUGUCAGAAUCAAACAAGUCCAGUUGGAACAGGAUAGUGGAAAGAGUCUACACGAUGAUUUAAGGCGUCAGACCCUCAUUGAUUUGAACAGAGCAGGUUAGUAGCAGUUAUGUUUGUUUGCAUAUUGCAAUAUGUAAAAAUGAGCUUAAAGUGGCAUUGUCACACCAAACUUACCUUUCUCCUAUUGUUUUCUCUUCCUCUCUCAGAAUCUGUUCUUCUUUUCUUUAUUUUUGAUCUUGUUUUAUUUAAAACAAAAGACAAAGUAGGGACUACCUUGUUUUAUGUAUUUUUCCUAGGCUUGACUUUCUUUGACCCAAGGAGGAGCUUAAGUCAGAGAGUAGAAAAAAUGCAUAACGUAGUAGUCCCUAUUUUAAAGGGCCGCUUUAACCACUUAAAGUUGGAUCUUUCCAUUGCGUCCUGAAAAUAGUUGGCAUUAAAGCCCUUAAGACAGCAUGGAUUGUCUUGCUAUGAUUUAUUUAUUUAUUUAUUUUGAGCAGCCUCCCAGCCCUACCCGGCAGACAAGCUGGUUGGUGAAGACUGGGCUUUCCUUGCACUUUGACAGGGUUGGCAAAAUGCCGCCCGUGUCAAAGUGCUGCCUGGAGCCAUGGCCCCACUGGCCCUGACAGAUACAGAAAAACACUGCCACACAUGCAUAUACACAGUAAGUUAAUUUGUGAUGUGGGGAUGCAGUGUGUCUGUGUGCGCGCGUGCUGGGGAUGUAGUGUGUCUGUGUGCGCGCGUGCUGGGGAUGUAGUGUGUCUGUGUGCGCGCGUGCUGGGGAUGUAGUGUGUCUGUGUGCGCGCGUGCUGGGGAUGUAGUGUGUCUGUGUGCGCGCGCGCUGGGGAUGUAGUGUGUCUGUGUGCGCGCAUGCUGGGGAUGCAGUGUGUCUGUGUGCGCGCGCGCUGGGGAUGCAGUGUGUCUGUGUGUGUGCGUGAGCUGGGGCUGUAGUGUGCGCGCGCUGGGGAUGUAAUGCGUCUGUGUGUGUGUGGUGUGUGAGCUGGGAUUGGAAUUCCUAUGACCAGCACACUGUGUGCAUUGAAGCUUAUAAUUACUUACCCUUUCUGUAUCUGCGGUGAAGUGGAGCUUGAAUUGACUCCUUGCGACUCCACUACGCUGUCUUCACCAUUGCUGGUUCUGUCUGACUCCUGCAUGUCCCGCCGCCUGUGCUGACUAUGUGGCCGUUACAGCACACAUAGCGAGACACAAAGGGGAAUUCUGACGCUCCUGGGGGCCAGCCCAAAGUAACAGCCCUCCUUGUAAAUUGCUGUAAGUAAAGUUCCUAUUGAAGUUCUGGCAUUCACGGCUAGUAAUCUCAGGGUGCCAAAACUUCAAUGGGAGACAUGUCAAAUCCCUGAGGAUCCGACAAGCCCCAGAUCAGCCCAGCCUCCCUCUCCAAAUUCCUAUGAUUUUUAAUUUAUUUUUUUAGAGUGGCCUCCCAGCCCUUCCCGGCGGACAAGCUAAUUGGUGACAGGGUUGGCAAAAUGCAGCCACUGUCAAAGUUCCGCCUGACACUGGCCCUGACAGUUACACAGAUACAAACACUGCCACACAUGAAGAUACACACACACAUACAUACACAGAAAUAUAGAUGCGCACAUACUGACCCACACAAACAGAUGCACAUACUGACCCACACAAACAGAUGCACAUACUGACCCACACAAACAGAUGCACAUACUGACUCUCACAAACAGAUGCACAUACUGACUCUCACAAACAGAUGCACACAGAUACAGACAUACAAAUACACACACUGUCAAAUGCACACAUACAGACAUACACACACACACACACACAAACAGAUACAUAGACUGACCCACACACAGAUGUUGGGAAUUGUGGGCUAUCUUCUCUUUCAGUCCGCCCUGCACCCCUUUGCGAGCCACUCCAGCGUGGCUUGGUAUGUAACAGCUGGGAGGAAGUAUGUGUCUCACUCUCACUUCCUCCCAGCACUCUGGUCAGGUUAGAAAGGGCAUGCUCGCGCUAUUAAAUCGUUGCAGCACAUGUCCAUCAGGUGACCCUGAGUGUAUGGGCCACUCGAUGGACCCACUCACCUUGCAGUCCCCAGCAAGCGUGGGGCGGUUGCACAGACGCCAUUGCCAGGUUUAUGAGUACCACAGGUUGACAACCCCUGUUACCAAAUAUUAAAAUAAAGUAAAUUCUGUCCCAUGGGACGAAAUGCUUUGAUAAGAAAGCUCAGGAAACAACAAUUCUAGUACUGACCAGAUCCGGUUUUUGUAUGUACUACAAUCAAACACAGCUUGCCGGUGUCAGUCUGUUAAACUCUCAUCAUCCGCAAUUAACAGAGUAGCCUUUAUACGUGAACGUUAUACGCACUUUACCUAAGGCAAAUACUAGCAGGCAGCUUACUUGGUUACAACUAUGCCAUUACUCAGCCAAGGUCCCAGCAGUUUGAUCUGGCAUGGAUCCAUGGACUCUCAGCUCGGUGAUUUAUGCAUCUAAUUCCUGCCUACAAUAUUCUACUGUCAUUGCUUGUAUAUUUUUUUUUUUUUAUCACACUUGAUACAAUGCAUGUACAAUGAUCUUUAAGGAAGUUUUUAGUGUUUUUGCCAAUGAUAUACGGCAGGUUGCUUCCACACUGUCAUUCUCUGACGUUCUGCCUGUGCAUAACACUCAGAACGACAGGCGGAUGCGUAUUAGGGACUUUAAAGGACCACUCUAGGCACCCAGACCACUUCAGCUUAAUGAAGUGGUCUGGGUGCCAGGUCCAGCUAGGGUUAACCCAUUUUUUCAUAAACAUAGCAGUUUCAGAGAAACUGCUAUGUUUAUGAAUAGGUUAAGCCUUCCCCUAUUUCCUCUAGCGGCUGUCUCAUUGACAGCCACUAGAGGCGCUUGCGUGCUUCUCACUGUGAUUUUCACAGUGAGAGCACGCCAGCGUCCAUAGGAAAGCAUUGUGAAUGCUUUCCUAUGCGACCGGCUGGAUGCGCGCGCAGCUCUUGCCGCACGUGCGCAUUCAGCAGACGGGGAGGAGAAGAGGAGGAGAGCUCCCCGCCCAGCGCUGGAAAAAGGUAAGUUUUAACCCCUUUCCUCUUUCCAGAGCCGGGCGGGGGCACCCUCAGGACACUAUAGUGCCAGGAAAACGAGUAUGUUUUCCUGGCACUAUAGUGGUCCUUUAACUGCAGUGGUUUGCUUGAACUGUUUUAUAUAAAUUUUAAAGGUACACUCUAGGCAUCAAAACAGCUUAAUCUUACCAGUGGCACGCUUACCUCAAGGGCUUAAUCUGACCCCGAUUGCAUCCGGCUUCUGAAUUUUCAGAUGCAGGAAAUGCAGACCGGUGCCGCUGGUUGGUUGAGAGCGGCCAAUUGACGCUCUCAGCCAAUCAGUGACUCCCUAGCAACUAAACUGGCUUGGAAAAGGUAAGUUUCUUUCAAAGCCAGUUUAGUGAGUGGGGAAUUACUGAUUGAUUGAGAACGUCAUCUGACCACUUUCAGCCAGUCAGCAGCGCCCCUGCCGGCAGCACUCCGCGCUAAAAAUUCAGAAGCCGGAUGCCGCCUGCAGGGCAGUGAACAUCACCGCUGGAGGCAACUUUGAGGUAAGAGUGCAUCUAGGAGCCUCCUGGCACCAUGACAACUUCAUGAAGUUGUUUUCGUGCCUGGAGUGUCCCCUUUAAGUAUCUCUUAUAAGUGAUACCUAAUUAAGUAUUCAUUUAUGCCCAGAUAUAUAUUUCAUUAGUGGGAAUUUUCCACUUUUUUAUGUCAUUUUUUUUAAUUGAUAAAUUGUGAUAUUUAUGUAAUUGUAACACUACCUGUACUUUUGUUUAUAUUUUGAUUCACAGUUUAAUCAUCAUUUAUUGCAGCAGGUUGUUUUUUAUGCGUAGCGGCAGAUUUUUAUCCACAAUUUUUUAUCUUUAUUUUGUUUUUUUGAUUUUCGGUUUGUUUGUUUUUUUCACGUUAAAAUAUUCUUUCUUACUGUUGUCAUGUUAGUGAGCUGAUGAAUUUGUUCAGAACUGUCCAUCUGUAGCAGUUUUACAUGUAGCACCUUGUCCUGUACUGUUAAAACAUUCUUUCUGGCAUCACAUAACUGAGGUUUAUUCACCGAUCCAAUAAUUGUGGAAAACCACCAGAUUACAGUAAAUCUCAUAAUUAAUGCAGUUUCUAAAAUCUGUUUUUCAGUAGAUGUCUGCAUUAAAAUUGAAAUUCCCAUCUGGCAAUUAAUUAAAACUAAUAGAUCGUUUUAGAUAGAAUUAUGCAUUUAAUUUUGGUAAGACGUAGAAUAAAUUAGAUGUUCAUAAGCUGCUAGUGAAUAUAAAAAUCUGUGUUGUAAAUCACUAAUUUUGAUGACAAUCAUCAAAUUAAUGAAAGCAGAAUUGUAGCCCACUCCUGGCAAUUUGGUAGAAAGCACAGAAGUUAGGGGCAUAGUAGGGAAGCAGAAUUAUCCAGCAAAGAGCACCAGUGAUAACAAGGAGAUGGCAGACUUCAAAGGUUCCAUAAGAAUAUUCGUCAAGAUCCCAGUAUGGAGAGGAGCACGACAAAAUACAAAGGACAGCAUAAAAAACAACAACAUAUCAACAAAGUGAAGUAUAAGGCACAAGAGAUGUGGAAUGCAUACAUUUUGAGCGGAAAAAGGCACCAGUGUAGUGGAGGGUCAAAAAAAGCACAAGGAUUAGAAGAGGAUAAAUAAUAUCCAGCAGUGGGCUCCCUAUUUUGAUCUGCCUCUAGAACCAGCUCCUGUUUAAGUACUUCUGUGCUGACAUUGUUACAUAUAGUUUGGUAUAUGAGAUGGCUUCUUUUUUGGUGCCCUUGUUCGCUGUGAUGUUAAAAUCUAGCUAAAGCUCUGCCAGACAGAAGAAUUAGUGAGGGUAUGGUGCUUGAAAGCGAUAAUCUGAAGUAACUUGGCAUAUGCCCGUACAGAAUGUAUGUGUGGUCCAGUGAGCAGCUGCAUGCAUGCUCCAUAGGCUACACGACAGAGCAGUAUCUGUCCAAAGUCAGGUUUUUUUUUUUUUUUGGUUUUUUUUUUUUCUUCAAUUUUCUUUGAGGUAAAUUUCAUACCAUCCUUCUCUGGUUCAUCUUUCUGUCACCUUUAUACUGUAGCAUAGAGGAAAAUGACAGGAGUGUACUGACCACAAGCUGAUCCUAGAGAGAGAUGUAAGAUGUCUUAACACACUGCCGUUUCUCUGACAAUUUUAACGUCAAAAGUGUUACUGGAAAUUGAAAAACAAAAGCGAUGCAGCGAGAGCACUGUAAAAUACUUUUAAUUAUUGUUAUUAUUACUUAGGAUGCUGUCAGAAAAAGCGUGUUUUAACCUUGUCCUACAUUGCACUCUAGAAUUGCAUGUCUUUUUAUGUCAGAACUGACACGAUGAGGAUUUUUAUGGUGCAUAGGGUUAUAUGAAUUUGAUAUCUAUUCUUUUAUCUUUUAUUUUUGUUGCUCUAACUUUACUAAAUCACAUUGAAAGCACACAAGCAACAUGUUUAAGAGUAUCUAUUUGUAACAUUUUUUUUAUGUUAUGGCUACAACUGUGAUUUUGUUUCCUUAAUAAAGAAAUAUUAAACAAUACCAAAAUAACACUUUUUUGUAAAUUUGCACUUCUCUUUUAUGGUUUUUGGUAACCUUUUAUUUCUUGAUAGGAGUUGGUCUCAUGGAGAUUGUCAUGGAGCCAGACAUGAGCUGUGGGGAAGAGGCUGCUGCAGCAGUGAGGGAACUACAACUUAUCUUGCAGGCACUUGGAACAAGCCUUGCAAACAUGGCAGGUAAAAAGCUCAAUCAAUAAUUCGUAGAUUAAAGGAAAAUGUAUAUAGUGUAUUUCUUUAGUUGAAUGGCUUACCUGACUAAUUAUUUCUAAUUUAAUUGUGUUCCUCCCCUAAAAUUCGUUUUGCAAGCAUCCAAUAGCCACUUUACAUUUUAGCGCAUUAGUGUCUAAGGUUCCUCAGCUCUAUUUGUUGUCAUGUUGAACAAUUUGAGUCUUUCUUUUUUAACCCACUUCUGCAUAGGAAAUUCAAUAUAUUGCAUAUUUAAAUGUCAUUGAUAGGCUUAGGGCAUCUGCCACUCAGUCAAUUAGUGAUAUCCGGAUAUGAAUGAAAUUGUAAGAAAUUACAUUUUGAAUUAGCUGUAUGGAGAGCAGGUUUAGGGCCACUGGAUUUGUUAAAACCAAAUGAAAGUGAGGACCCAGAUGCGGGGAGCUGCACCCACAACCUAAUAGCACCGUGGCCACUACAUUCUGAUGUUGUGGAUAUGCUGCUUAGCUUGAUCCUUCAAUAUUACGCUUUACAUAGCCUUUUAAGCAGAGCUCUUCUUCAACACAAAGCACGGUUUGAAACAGUUGAAAGUGUUUUUGUUUACAUGGCAAUGGUAGAGAUACACUUUAAAAUGUUUUUUACAUAGUGCUUAGAGCUUUGUACAUAAUAAAGUGGCUUUGUCGGUAAAGCGUGAAGUGCUCAUUACUGAGAAAAUAAGUAUCUGCAAAUUCAGAUAAUAUUUCUAUUAAUGCUUAAAAAAUUACAGAGAUGUAAGUUCUAAAUUCUCAACACAAAACUGCAGAAAAUGAACUCCCAUCAUGUCAAAAGAACAUUUUCCUUAUCUGCACCACAUUAUUCAUCCAGUGGCUUGCUUAAAAAGAUCAUUCUCAAAAUGAAAAACACAAAGCGUAGUUAUAGAAUAAACGUGAGUUGUAAAAGUGUUUUGCUUCUUGUUGGGUUUUGAAAUCUUAAAAUGAUAUUCAAAGGCAGUUUACUUGUGGAUGAAUUGUUUUCAAAUUAAAGUCUUAAGCUCACCUGUUUAAAGGACCACUAUAGGCACCCAGAUCACUUCAGCUCAAUGAAGUGGUCUGAGUGCCUGGUCCCUCUAGAAACUGCUAUGGUUACACUGCAGAUUUAAUCCAACCUCUAGUGGCUGUCUCACUGACAGCCACUAGAGGCCGCUUCUGUGAUUCUCACUGUGAAAAUCACAGUGAGAAGACGCUGACGUCCAUAGGAAAGCAUUGAGUAGUGCUUUCCUAUGGGUGUUUUUAAUGUACGCGCGGCUCUGGCUGCGCAUGCGCAAUUCGGCUCCACUUUGGGGAUGACGUCGGAGGGGGAGGAGAGGCGCUGAGGGAGCCUGGCGCUGGAUAAAGGUUUUAACCCCUUCAGCCCAGCAGGGGGGGGGACGGACGUAAGGACUACAUAGUGCCAGGAAAAUGAGUUUGUGGCCCUUUAACCUAUAUCAUUAUUAGCUGUAUGCCAUUUUUAAUGUGGCUCUCCAAUGCUUUUUUUUCAGCCACACAUUUUGCUACAAUAUUCACAUCUUCCAAUUAGACAACAUUCCACAGUUGUAGUUAAUAAAAAAACUUCUUCAAAGAUUUAUAUUCUGACUAGAUCCACUGCUACACAUGUUCUUAAUGAAACAAGAGUGUGCAAUCAUUUACAACAAAACAAGUGAGAGGAAAAAGAACGCGUUGAUUUAUAAUAGUAGGAGAAAAUCAAAGAAUGGUUAAAGGAACACUGUAGGCACCCAGACCACUUCAGCUCAUUGAAGGGGUUUAUGUGCUUUGUCCCUUUUGCACUUAGCCCUGCAAUGAUAAACAUUGUAGUUCCAGAGCACUAAGUAGUUGCAGAGCACUAAGUCUGCCCUCAGUGGCUGUCUACCUUUCCGGUUUCGUAUCGGACUUUUGGUCCGUUAUCUGACGCUGCUCUGCAUGAGGACUUCCAGCGACAGAUUUUAUUUUUCCCAUAGGAAAGCAUUGAUUCAAUGCUUUCCUAUGGGGAGGUCUAAUGUACGCGUGGCAUUUGCCGCGCAUGCUCAUUAGACCCGCUCGUCGCAGGACGGAGGAGGGGCGCGGCGCUCCGACCCAGCGCCGAGGGACAUCAGCGCUGGGAUAAGGUAAGUAAAAUAAGGGUUUUUAACCAUUUAUUUACCGGGAGGGGAGAGGAAGAGGGAUCAGUAGUGCCAGGAAGACAGCUUCCUAUUCCUGGCACUACAUUAUCCCUUUAACAUGACAUGCUGUUUCUUGACUAGUUACUAUUUACAAUCCCUUCGAUAGAAUAUAUACAUCGUCAGCAGUAAGCUAACACAAUGGAGUAGGGGUACUGCUUCACAAACCUUGUCAAUUACAGGUGACUAACAAACUAACCGAUGGGAUGGGCCGAUAUCUUCUGGUUUUAGGCACCAUAGGUUCUCGGACCAUUCACUUACCUAACCUUUACACCCCUAACGUACUAGAUGCUAAGUUUUGCAGAACCAUCGGGGGACAUUAUAGGCCCUCCAUUAUCAGACAUAAUCCUCAUAGGUGGGGACCUCAAUGCGGUCUUGUACCCGGUAGUGGACAGAAGCACUAAACCAGGGGGAAUUACAUCACAAGGUAGAGGAAGUCAGGAUAGACUGUUUAAAAAGUUUGUGAUUCAUAAAUAAGUCGACAUCUGGAGAGCACAUCACCCAGGCGACCAAGACUACACCUUUUACUCGGCCCUGCAUGAUACUUAUUCUAGAAUAGACCUGUUCCUUACCAGCUUAAACCUCCUGCCUAACGCCUGCAGUUUAGAGAUUAACAAUAUCACCUGGUCCGAUCAUGCAGACAUAGCCUUAUAUGUAAAAGGACUAAUACCCACUUACCUGUGGUCAUGGAGACCAAAUUCACUCCUGUUGCGGGAUGAGGCCAUAUGGGAGGAAAUAUCUUUAGCUAUCACCAAUUAUUUCCACGAAAACAACACCCCUAAAGUAGACAAAAUCACAGCACAUAAAGCAGUCCUUCAAGGCACUUUCAUUAAAAUAGCAUCCGAUAAAAAUAAACGUAAAACUGAAAAGUUAUUUGCACUACAAAAAUCGCUUAGAAAACUAGAAGCACUGCAAAAAUCGGCCCCAACAGUUGCCAUCCAGCAACAACUUAGAGAAACAUGUAAUCAACUCAAGCAACUACUACUAGAGGAUGUGGCAUGGCAGAGAAAUCCUCAUCAUCAUCACUCGUCUGAGGAACAACACACCGACCCAACCCCAGAUCUGCACGCAGCUGACUUUCUUCAGGGAAGGGGGGAGACCACUAGGGAAGAAGGGGGUGAGGGAGACCACCAGGAAGAAGGGAAGUGAGGAGACCACUAGGAAGAAGGGGUGAGGUGGCAAUCACCAAAGAAGCAAAAGAGGCACUCACCAGGAAGCGAGGGCGCAGGAGACCACCAAUGAAGAAGGAAGGGGGGUGAGGGAGACCACCAGGGAAGAAGGGGAGGGUGAGGGAGACUCACCAGGGAACAAGGAGGGGUGAGGGAGGGAAACCACCAGGAAGAAGGGGUGGAGGGGUGAGGGAGACCACCAGGGAAGGAAGGGGGGUGAGGAGACUACCAGGAAGAAGGGGGAGGGAGACUCACCAGGAAGAAGGAGGGUGAGGGAGGGAGACUACCAGGAAGAAGUGGAGGAGACCAGGGAAGAAGAAGGGGAGGAGACUACCAGGGAAUAAGCAAGGAGGGAGACCACCAGGAAGAAGGGGGUGAGGGAGACCACCAGGAAGCAGGAGGGAGAGACCUCCUCACCAGGAAGAAGGGGGCGGAGGGAGACAACCCCAGGAAGAAGGGGGGGUGUGGAGACAACCAGGGAAGCAAGGGGGGUGAGGGAGACAACCAGGGGAAGAAGGCUGGGGGGUGAGGGAGACAAUCCAGGAAGAAGGGGUGAGGAGACCACCAGGGAAGAAGGGGGGCAGGAGACCACCAGGGAAGAAGGGGGGAGAUGGAGGAGACUCCGCCAGGAAGGUGAGGGUGAGGGAGACUGCCAGGAAGAAGGGAGGGGGGAGGGUGAGACAACCAGGGAAGAAGCAAAGUGUGAGUACUACCAGGAAGCAAGUGUAAAAGUGUGAGGAGACCACCAGGGAAGAAGGGGGGGGUGGUGAGGGAGACCACCAGGGAAGAAGGGGGGGGUGGUGAGGGAGACCACCAGGGAAGAAGGGGGGGGUGGUGAGGGAGACACAGACACACAGAGGGGCUCAGGAGGGAGACGCAUAGAGGGACCGCGGGGUGGGAGGGGAAACACACACAGAGGGGCCACAAACCCUCUUUCACACUACACACAUACACCAUGCAUCCUUACACAUACACAGAAACACACAAUGCAUCCCCACGCAUACACACACACAGAGAAACACACCAUGAUUCCCUUACACAUAUUGCAUCCACUACACACACACCACAAUGCAGCCCUUGCACACACAAUGCAUCUCUUAUGCACGCACACAAAGUGCUUCUCUUACACACACAGAAACACAAUGCAUCUUGCACACACUCAAUUCACCCUUUACAGACACACACACACACUGCAUCCCUUACAUACACAGAAACACACCUUGCAUCCCUUACACACAAACACACACACACACACACACACACAAACUACAUCCCUAACACAAACUGGUAUUCCUAUACACUAAAUUCCAUAAGAAAACACACACAUUACAUCCUCUACUAUUACACAUAUCAUAUCCCCUACACACCUACACUCCACUCCCUGUGAGCAAGCUCAUAGGUGGGCCAUGUAGGUGGGCUUAUGGGCGGGCCUUGUAGGCAUACUCACGGUCAGGCCCUGGGGGCUAUAGACCUUGAGCUGUGCAAGGGGCCCCAAAAAAAUGGAGCUGCUUCCUGUUUGUUGAUUUUUGUGAUCAGAGUUACAAACAGCCUCCAGAGAGCCUGUUCUACACCUGAUCAGUGGAGCCAGACUGCAGCCUGAGCCCAUCAUCAACCUCUUGUCCUCAUCUGGUGGUAAAUAAGCAAUCCAGUAUAUUAUAGUCUCCUUAAUCUGUAAUUUACAUUAAAGGGACACUAUAGUCACCAGAACCACACAACACUAAAUACUCUCAAAAAUUUUAGACAAGCGACUGAGUACUAUACUCUCACACCUAAUCCAUACAGACCAAGUGGGAUUUAUGCCUUGCCGACUGUGACGGAACUCCGUCACUGAGUACAAUGCCCACAUGGGCCAACUCACUUGCCUGCUUAUUGUUUUCAUGUCAUCAUGCUGGGGAUCUCCCUAUCUAAGAGGCAAUGUAUUGGUUGAAGGAUCUCCCUUUGUUCGCGAAUCAUGUUUGGGCUUGAUUGGAAGAUUGUGCUUGUUCCUUUCUAAAUAUGACAAAAAUUAGGCUUGAGUAUUGAUUUAUUUGUGGGUGUUUGGUGUCUCUUGUGGAUAUGAUAUUGAAACGCAAGGUUUGUUUUUUCUCAAAAGCAGACGAUCAUUAACAUAUCAAAGGACUCCCUACUUAGGAGGCAAUCAAGACAUAUGGCAAAUGAAUUUUGUUUUGUUUUUUGUGCUGAAGCUAGACUUCCAGGCCACUUGUGUGUGACUUCUCACACCUGGCAGAGUGGCUCUGUUGGGGUCUCUGCUUCAAAGGGGAAUUUUGGUUGAAAGAUCUGACCUCCCAUGCAAUCCAAUUAGCCACUUUUGAAAAUGUAUUUUUGGAGUGUUUUUAAAUAUUGAAUAUAUUUCUGUAGAGGAUCCUGGGAGGAAAAGCCCUGUAUUAUUGUAUGGGAGACACCAUUUUAGUGGUCUGUGCAUAAAAACACAUUUCGUCUGGUUACUGGGGGAAUGGGUAUUUUCUUGUGCCGAUGGUUCCAGAGACACCUUCUCUGCUCCCAUCACUGGAUGCGGAGAAGGCGUUCAAUAGGGUCAAAUGACCAUACCUUUUUGACUUUCUGGGGAUUCCCCUCACCUUUCAUCACGACGAUUAGAGCCUUAUAUUUAAAGCAAAGUUGGUCCUCCGAACUGCUCACGUAUUACCCUUUAAAAGCUAUAAUAAUACCAGUCAGGGAUGCCCAUUAUCACAAGUUCUGUUCGCCCUCUCGUUGGAGCCGCUACUACACCUAAUAAGUGCAAACAACGCCAUUCAGGUAAUCCGUAUAGGAGGAGAGAGAGAGAAAAUGGCUGCAAGUGCAGACGAUAUUUUGACUACUCCAAAACCCUUCUGUCUCUAUCUAUCUCCCCUUCUGAAAUUAUUUUCCACAUACUGGCAACACUCAGGCUAUAACAUACAUUAUGACAAAUCCUCUGUCAUACCUUUUUAUAUGUUAAAUACAGACCUAGCAAGCAUCCAAACAAAGUGUAGCUUGAAACUCUCAAACUCCUUUAAAUACCAGCCAAUCCCAUACUUCUAAUAACUACAGACCACUUCUACAAAUUCUAAAAACAGAAAUAGAAAAUUAGCAAGAUAAACCAAUUUAUUGGAUAGGAAGGGUGCACUGCAUUAAAAUGAAUGUCCUACUAAGACUCAUAGAAACAUAGAAUGUGACGGCAGAUAAGAACCAUUCGGCCCAUCUAGUCUGCCCAAUUUUCUAAAUACUUUCAUUAGUCCCUAGUCUUAACUUAUAGUUAGGAUAGCCUUAUGCCUAUCCCACGCAUGCUUAAACUCCUUUACUGUGUUAACCUCUACCACUUCAGCUGGAAGGCUAUUCCAUGCAUCCACUACCCUCUCAGUAAAGUAAUACUUCCUGAUAUUAUUUUUAAACCUUUGUCCCUCUAAUUUAAGACUAUGUCCUCUUGUUGUGGUAGUUUUUCUUCUUUUAAAUAUAGUCUCCUCCUUUACUGUGUUGAUUCCCUUUAUAUAUUUAAAUGUUUCUAUCAUAUCCCCCCUGUCUCGUCUUUCCUCCAAGCUAUACAUGUUAAGAUCCUUUAACCUUUCCUGGUAAGUUUUAUCCCGCAAUCCAUGAACUAGUUUAGUAGCCCUUCUCUGAACCCUCUCUAAGGUAUCAAUAUCCUUCUGAAGAUACGGUCUCCAGUACUGUGUACAAUACUCCAAGUGAGGUCUCACCAGUGUUCUGUACAAUGGCAUGAGCACUUCCCUCUUUCUACUGCUAAUACCUCUCCCUAUACAACCAAGCAUUCUGCUAGCAUUUCCUGCUGCUCUAUUACAUUGUCUGCCUACCUUUAAGUCAUCAGAAAUAAUCACCCCUAAAUCCCUUUCCUCAUAUGUUGAGGUUAGGACUCUAUCAAAUAUUCUGUACUCUGCCCUUGGGUUUUUACGUCCAAGAUGCAUUAUCUUGCACUUAUCCACAUUAAAUGUCAGUUGCCACAAUUCUGACCAUUUUUCUAGUUUACCUAAAUCAUUUGUCAUUUGGCUUAUCCCUCCUGGAACAUCAACCCUGUUACAUAUCUUAGUAUCAUCAGCAAAAAGACAUACCUUACCAUCAAGACCUUCUGCAAUAUCACUAAUAAAAAUAUUAAAGAGAAUGGGUCCAAGUACAGAUCCCUGAGGUACCCCACUGGUGACAAGUCCAAGCUUCGAAUAUAUUCCAUUAACUACAACCCUCUGUUGCCUGUACUCAGCCACUGCCUUACCCAUUCAACAAUAUUGGAAUCCAAACUUAAAGAUUGCAGUUUAUUGAUAAGCCUUCUAUGUGCAACAGUGUCAAAAGCCUUACUGAAAUCUAGGUAAGCAAUGUCUACUGCACCACCCUGAUCUAUAAUUUUAGUUACCCAAUCAAAAAAAUCAAUAAGAUUAGUUUGGCAUGAUCUCCCUGAAGUAAACCCAUGUUGUCUCUGAUCUUGAAAUCCAUGUGUUUUUAGAUGUUCAUCAAUCCUAUCCUUUAACAUGGUUUUCAUCACUUUCCCCACUACUGAAGUAAGGCUUACUUGUUCCUAUUGCCGGUUCUACCCGUAAAGGUGACCAAAAGAGACCUGGCAGGCAUACAGAAAACAAGACUCCUUUCAUAUGACACAAAAAGAUAGACUAGCUAGGAACUUACUAUACAGGCCCAAGAACUGGGGGUGAUAGAGGGUAAAAGAUGAUAAUAUAAAAGGAGUUGGUUGUGCCGAUAAAUGGAGAUUAUAAGAUAAUCAUUUGAAAGACAUAAUUGUCAAGUACUUCUGAAUCAGUGGAGUCUAAAAGUGAAAACUGAAAUACGGUUCUAUCAUCCAUCCGACAGGUCGAGGAGUAAAAGGCCUGGAAGAAAAGAAGUUGGCAUACUUACUGAAUUGUAUUUUCUGUUUGGUGACCUUACAGUACAGAUGGUAUAUAAAGGGAGUUAAAGAAAGACUUGUGAAAUAGAGUUGGGGGGGGGAGUGUUUGUUUAUUAUAUAAAGUUUAUAGAUUAUAUAUUCUGCUAAGGUUCGUUUUCUUUAGUGAUGUUCAGGAGCAUUUUAUGGAAUUUUUUUUAAUGUUAAGUAAGGCUGUUUUCUUUCUUUCUUCCUUUUUUUUUGUAGUCACUGUUAGAUCUCACAUGGUGAGGAGGAAACUGGACUGUAAAUUUAAUCAGCUGGUGCAGGAAAUGUUUGUAGGGUAUGAGGGGUUAGGGAGAUUUGUUAAAAGUAUCUGGGUUGUCAGUAAGUGGUCACAAGUGUGGAGGGACAGCAAUAUUCAGGAACAGCAAUAUUCUGAUAAAUGUCAAAGCUUAUAGGACAAUUUUGAUAGAUUUAGGUUCAUUAUAAUUUCAGAAACUAGUUUAAAAGAAUAGAUCACCGUAACUUAAACAAGCUGUAGUAGUUUGAGUUGUAAAAUCUCAGUUUUGUGGUUAAAUGCAAGUCUUGGAAUUCCAUCACAAUUUUCAAACUCUUUGUGACCGAUACAGAUUAUAUUAAAGUACCAAAAUGUCACCCAUCUCAAUGAAGUGACAUGGGUGCAGUGGUGCUGUAGGUUUAACCAUACAAUUUAAAACAUUGUCGUUUUGGAGAUACUGCAAUAUUUCCAUUACAGGGUUAAACACACCUCCCAGUGAUUGAGACAGUGACAACCACUGGAGGUGUUUUCACUGCAGUAACAGAGUAAACCAACCAUCUAGAUAUGGACAGGAACGAAGACUGAAGUGUUAGGAAUACAGGUUUGUAUUUCAGAUGCUUUAGUGUUUAUUUAAGGCUAAAGUAAGCAUGUAAAAGGACUCAUGGGUGCCAUCUAAAUGGUGGGUUUUGCACUAUAGGGUCAGGAAUAUAUGUUUGUGUUCCUGCCCGUGUAGUGUUCCUUUAACUUUUCAUUUUAUUAUUUUAGAAGGCCAAAUGAGAGUUGAUGCAAACAUUUCAGUUCACCAUCCUGGAGAGCCACUUGGAGUGAGGACAGAAGUGAAAAAUCUUAACAGUGCUCGUUUUCUAGCAAAAGCAAUUGGUAAUUAUAACUAUAUGAAAACUGUGCAAUAUGUUGAAACUUAAUUACAAAAUAUUUAAAAUGCAUGUGAGAGAGAAUAUAUUUAUAUAAAUUCCGUAGUUGCUCGAAUCUAAAGCGCACCUCAAUUUUUGAAACCUGGAAGCUGAAAAAUAUUUUUGCACAUUUUUACAAGAAGAUGCUAUUAUACAACAUUGUGCUACAAUGAAAAUGUUUAUUACCAUAUACCAUGCUAACAUUGAUGGUAUUUCAAGUUUAGUGUUACAUGUUAAGUCUAUUCUUUCUUAAGCCCUCCUUCUGGAACAAAAUUCACCUUGGUGAAUUCACCAGUUUUAAUUCACCCGUGUGAAUUUGCCGUAAAAGUUAGAAUUUUGCCCUGAAUGUAAUGCGCCAUCGAAUAUAAUGCGCAUUAAAAUUUUGGAAUCUUUAUUUUCCAAAAAAGGUGCACAUUAGAUUUGAGUAAAUAGUGUCUAUUUGUCUCUCAACCUGUAAAGGGGAUUGACACUACAAAAGUUAAUAGACAUCUACUCGGUGAAUGUUCACAGAAUUGGAUAAGGGACAUUUAAUGAAAAUCUAAAAACACUCUUUAAUGAAUUAUGUUAAAAAUAUUUUUUUCAAAUCUGGAUUCCUGAUGGAAAUUAAAAUAAAUAAGGUAGCUGCAGCCUGAGUAAUAAUUCACAUAAAAUUAUUCCCAAGGCAAGUCUCGAGACUAUCUGAUAGAUUUACUAUAGGACAUUUUAAUAUUUAUGAUUAGAUAUCACUCCGGUUUGUAUUAUGAGAUUAGGUUUGGGUAUCUUCGCUAAUUAACAAUUUAAGACUUUACAUUUAGCCCCUCUCUGUUAGGUUUGUCCUUACAGGGACACUAUAGUCAUCAGAACAACUACAGCUUAUUGAAUUUGUUCUUGUGAGUAGAAUCAUUACCGUCAAGCUUUUUGCUGUAAACACUGUCUUUUCAGAGAAAAUGCAGUGUUUACAUUACAGCCUAGUGAUAACUUCACUGGCCACUCCUCAGCUGUUAGAGAUCCUUCCUGGGUCAUGGCUGCUUAAAAUGCAUCCAAACAUUCAGUGUCCCCUCCUUCUGUAUGAACUUUCCUCAUAGAUAUUCAUUGAUUCAAUUCAUCUCUAUGAGGAGAUGCUGAUUGGCAAGGGUUGUGUUUGAAUUGUGCUGUCCCUGAUCUGCCUCUUUGUCAGUCUUAGCCAAUCCUAUGGGGAAACAUUGUGAUUGGAUCAGGCUACCACAUCUGCUGAUGUCAGCAGGCAGUGGGCAGGUCUAAAGGAAAGAGGGACAAAGUAAGCAGUUGCAGCCUUGAAUACAAGUACGAUUUUACUAUAUUUAGGGAGGCAUGAGGGGACCAGGGUGGCUAGAUGGUGGUUUUAACCCUGUAAGGUCUGGAAUACAUGUUUGUGUUCCUGACCCUAUAGUGUUCCUUUAAGAGAAUAAUUAGUGCCUCUACUCAGUAGACUGUAGAUACUUUAUUUUAGCUCAUUGUGUGUGCGCUUGUUCACCCUGAAUCCAGCCUUUUGUAUAUUUUAAACCUAAUUAAAGUGUUUUUAUGUUUUCAUUGAAUGUCAGUUUAUCCACCUCUAUGAACAUUCACCGAAGAGGCGUCUAGUCACUUCUGGCUCUAUGCUCUCUGGUUGCAUGAAAAAUACUGCUGCUAAACUUAGAAUGAAAAGCCAACAAAAAGACAAACGGUACAAUGAAAAGUGGAGUGCUCAAUAAAAAAAUAGUAACAUAGGAAACACAAAUUAUAAUUGCUUGUUACACCAUUACAUAUGGAGUGAUAGAGUUAUGAUAUAUAACACAAACAACAAAACCUUGUUGUUUGUAUACAACCAUGAAAUAUGCAAUGUACAAAACAAAACAAAUAAUGAGGUAUGAACAUUUCUUGCCUCAUAUUUGCAUGACACUUGCACUUUUAAACUAAAUCAUCUAAAUCCACACUAGUGAAAUGUGUGAUCUUGUUGUGUUAUUAAUUAUACUCUCUAAGCAGCCUUAAAGCCUUUCCUGAAUGCUUUAGAACUACAACUAGAGAGUAUGUGCAAUUUAUGACCUUGCCUACAGGUUUAUUACAAUAGUGCAUUAUGCAAAAAGAUUUUCAUUUCAAAUGUAAAGCACGCAUAGGUAUGUUUUGUAUAUCUUUGUUCAGAAAAAAGUCCUUUGAGAAUCUGCACAAAUUAAAGGGGCACUCCGGGCACCAAAAUAACCUCUUCACAAAGUUAUGGUGCCAGGGUUAAACCAUUCUCGAAAUGUUGAACACCAAGGUUGCUUUCAGCACUAAUGUGUAGGUUCCCUCCCCCAGGCGAUAUCCGGCUCCUGAAUCUAUUUCAGGAAGCACCAAGUGCUACCGGGCAUGGGCGCCGCUGAUUGGCUGAACGCUGCCAGCUGACGCUCUGAGCCAAUCAGUGACUCCCAAUUCAUAAAACUGUCUUGUAAAGAAACACACCUUUUUCAAGCCAAUUUUGUGAAGGGGGAGUCACUGAUUGGCUGAGCGCGUCAGCUGACUACUCUCAGCCAGUCAGUGGUGCCCCUGCACUCUGCACUUCCUGAAACUGAGAUUUAUGAGCGGGAUGCUGCCUGUAGGUACCUACAGAUCUGGGCUUAAGGCAAGUUUGGAGUUAAACCUUGAACGGUUAAUACCUGAAGGUAAGAGUGCACCUGAAGGCCACCUGGAUCCAUAUCAACUUCAUGUAGAUUAUGUUCUUAUGGUGCCUAAACUGUCCUUUUAAGUCUAUUGAAAAAAAAGCAUUCACUUUAAGACUUUCAUGAUAUUCAACCGACAAAUUAUUAGCAUGGUAGGUAUCCACAACAUAUGUGAAAUUUUUGGAAUAAAAAUUAUUGCCGCUUUAGUUUUAGAAGGUGCUACAACUGUGUUUUGUUUAUUUUAAUUAGAUUAUGAAAUUCAGAGACAAAUUAAAGUACUGGAUAAUGGAGGAACAAUUUUAAAUGAAACCAGAUCAUUUGAUUAUAAACACGGGUAAGUUGGUCUUAUUUGCUACAUCAUAUAAAAGCUCCUUUGUAUUAGUCAGAUGAGUAAGUGAAACUGAUCAUCAAAGUAAAUUCAGAUUAAAAUGAGUACUGCAUGGAGUUCUUCAAAUGGAGAGUGACAUCUCUGCUGUUCUAACUUGAUAUAUGCAGGAUUACAUUUCUGCUCACACCAAGAAGACUCCAGCCCUGAUACCUGGGGCUUCCCUGUGUCAGUUGGGACCAUAUUUAGUGGCCCCAGACAAAUAGAUAAGAUAGUCUAGUGAUUAAUUAUACUCUCUAAGCAGCCUUAAAGCCUUUCCUGAAUGCUUUAGAACUACAACUAGAGAGUAUGUGCAAUUUAUGACCUUGCCUACAGGUUUAUUACAAUAGUGCAUUAUGCAAAAAGAUUUUCCUUUCAAAUGUAAAAUCCAUGGGUCUCCCCUUGUGUAUGGGGAGACCCAUGGAUUUUCGCUGCAAGCCCGCUGCAGAGAGUGAUCAGCAAUGGGCUAUGCGGAUUGCCCAGGGACCUUUUUCUGCGAUUGAUCACUGCUGCAGGAGCCAAUUUAAUCAUAUUGUGAUAACUUGUCACAAUAUGAUUUAGCAGCAGAGGUAAAUAAUCCCUCCUAUGCUACAGUUGUAAAGUGCAGAUUGUUCGGAGAGUGCUCUGCACUACAAACAAUUAUCUGUGCUGAUGUAGUCAAAUAAAUCUCUCUAUGAUGUCAGCAAGGGAUUGUCUUUGUUGAAAUCUCAAGGUAUCCCUCUGCUUAGAUUAAAUCCUUUGCUUGUCUUAACCCCUUAAGACCGCAGUGCGUUCUAUGCCGUCCUUAAGGAAGUGUCUCUAAAUGCCGCAGGGCGACAGAACGCCCUGCGAUCUUAUGUACUUACCCCUCUGUCCUCUUCGGCCCCUCUGGGCCAUGUGAUCGCGAGGACCUCGCGAUCACAUGGACGGCAUAGCCGUCCAUGUCAGUGCCAGCAGAGGAAGUGCCUGUAAUGACAGGUACUCCCCCUGCUGCCUGAAAAUUAAAUAAUAAAUGUUAAAUCAGUGUAAAAAUAAAUAAUAUAUACUUAGAUCAUAUAUAUAUUUAUUAUAUGAUCUAAGUAUAUAUACACACAUACACUAAGUGUAUUUUAAUAUUAAUAUAUACAUAAUUAUAUAUAAAUAUCAAAAUACACGUACAAUGAUAUUGAUUAAAUAUAUAUAUAACUAUUAUAUAUAUUUAUAUAAAAUAAAUAUUUAAAGAAAAAAAAUAUAUACACAUGUGUAAUUUCUUUCUAACUGUUAUUUAAAAUUAAUAUAUAUAGAUAUCAAAAUACAUGUAGAACGAAAUAAUAUAUAUGUGUGUGUGUGUGUGUAUGUAUGUAUGUGUGUGUGCAUAUAUAUAUAUAUAAUAUUCAAAUAGUGAUCAGCACUCUCGUAUUUUCAAGAAUUAAAAAUAACAAUUUAUUGAGUAUCCAUUUUCCUGGAUUACAAGCACCCGGUUACCAAAUCAUCCAAGCGUGAGUGCAAGGACUUUUCUAUUUUUGUUAUAUAUCUACAUACGUAUAUAUCGCUUAAAUAUACCUAUAUAUAAAAAAUUAAUUGUAAAAAAUUAUAUACACAUAUAUACACACACACACACACACACACACACGUACGUACGUACGUACGUACGUACGUACGUGUGUGUAUAUAUAUAAUAAUUCUACGUAUAUAUUUAUGUAAUAAUUUUACACAAUUAGGUCAUUUUAUUAAUUACAAUUUGCAGGACCUACCUGACAACCCAGGCUGAAAGUUCAGGGAAUUUAAUUUGCUAGCACGAUAUUUAACACUGGAACUUUCCAAGACACCAUAAAACCUGUACAUGGGGGGUACUGUUUUACUCGGAAGACUUCGCUGAACACAAAUAUUAGUGUUUCAAAACAGUAAAAUGUAUUACAACGACGAUAUCGGCAGUGAUAUUUUUUUGCAUUUUUCACACACAAAUGGCACACUGACGAUAUAAUUUUUGUGGUACAUUUUACUGUUUUGAAACACUAAUAUUUGUGUUCAGCGAAGUCUCCCGAGUAUAACAGCACCCCUCAUGUACAGGUAGCCCAGGAAUUAAAAUUACCCCCAUGAUGGCAUACCAUUUGCAAUAGUAGACAACCCAGGGUAUUGCAAAUGGGGUAUGUUCAGUAUUUUUUAGUAGCCACUUAGUCACAAACACUGGGCAAAAUUGGCGUUCAAAUUAGUUUUUUUGCAUUUUCAAAUAUUAACACUAACUUUGGCCAGUGUUUGUGACGAAGUGGCUACUAAAAAAGACUGGACAUAUCCCAUUUGCAAUACCUUGGGUUGUCUACUUUUGCAAAUGGUAUGCCAUCAUGGGGGUAAUUCUUAUUCCUGGUCUACCAUAUGGUCUCAAAGGCAACGCAACCAAUCUGGGGAAUUUCAAUGUGAAAAAACUGAAAUAUUUAACACGCAAUAUUUGACCCUGUAUCUUCCCAAAACACCAUAAAACCUGUACAUAGAGGGUACUGUUUUACACAUGAGACAUCGCUGAAUACAAAUAUAUGUAUUUUAUUGCAGUAAAAGCAAACCGUAUUUUGACACUCACAUAUUUUUCUCCCAUUUUUUUUACAUUUUAUUCAUAUUAAAUUAUGUUCCAUACCUAAAUAUUUGAUGUUAAAUGAAAGCCCUGUUUCCCCCGAAUAAAAUUAUAUAUAAUAAGUGUGGGUGCAUUUAAUAUGAAAGAGGUGAAUUACGGUUGGACAGACAUAUAGCGCAAAUGUCAGGUUUUGUUUACGUUUUGUUUUGAUCACAACUUGUACAUUUGGCUGCGGUCUUAAGGGGUUAAUCAAGGCCAGACUUAAUGCACUGUUUGUUUGUUACUAUGAUUUUGGUUUCAAGCUUCUCAAGUUUCUUUAUUUUUUCUUUUACUUAUUUUUUGCCAUGGAAUGGGGGAACGGGAGGCUAAAUCCUGUGAUAGGGAGGAAUAAGGAAAACAAUUUGAAAUACCGGGGCUUCAAAGAGUUGCACACUUAUAUGUGCACUGGACAGUCAUUUCUUUCCCACAAUUACAGUGCAGUUCUUAUCAGAAACCAACAGAAUAUUUGACAAACCCACAAGAGCCAAUAAGUCAGUUAGAGAAGCAGUCCAUAAUAAAUACCACCUUUUGAGGGGGCAUGGCCAACUACCAUACUGAGUAGAUGCAUGGCGUGAGAGCUCUGUGAUCCACCGAGCCCAAAGUGACUACAGGUAAGCCACAAAAGCAUCAAACAUUAAUAUUUUGGGGGCACAGGACUCAGAGACCCUGAUGGCACCAUCCAACAAGCUCAAAAUCAUGGACCCGAUACGACAGUAAAAAAGAUCGCACGAGGCAACUACAAAAUAGCGGCGAGUCUGCACCACACUCACUGGCCUCGGAUAGCCCAGCAGACUCCGAGCCAAUGCAACUUGCUACGGAGGACGUCCCGUAACGAAUAGCCUACACACCAUGCUACAGGAUCUUAAGGGUUUUCUGAGAUCUGACUUUUGGCAAAUUACUAAAGAACUACGCCAGGACAUUCAAGACCUGGGAGGUUGUACCAGCCACCUAGAAACCAAGACAGAAGAGCUCUGCUCCUCACAUUACGAUGUAGUGGAUAAACUGCAGAGGCUAGAAGAGGAGCAGGCCAAUGAAACUGAAAUUGGAGGAUAUGGAGGAUAGGGCAAGAUGCAAUAACCUCUGCUUUCGAGGAAUAACAGACACCAUAACUACAGAGUCCCUGCCACAAUAUUUGAAGGCCCUAUGUUAGGCCCUCGUGCCUCAUCUUGGGGAGUUAAUGUCUCAUUAGGAGAUGAGUAGCUGAAUCCCAGAGGGCAGACAAUUAUAUUCCUUCUUAUCCUUUUCAAUAGCUUCAGGUGCAAACCAAUUAAUAAUCCCAGGCAUUGAAGUCCUUUCCAGCAUUGAUGAGGGUUAUGGUUCCUUGAAGUAUGUAGAGGAAUAGAGGAAGUGGUGAUGUCUGUUCCAAAGUCUGGAAAUCGAGAGGUUAGCGUUGUCAGAAGUAAGCCAGAGGGUUUGAUACACAAAGAAGACAGCAUUGUCCAGAGCAAGCCAGAGGGCUCGGUAUACAGAGAAGACAGCGUUGUCAGGAGCAAGACAGAUGGUUCGGUACACAGUAAAACUGGAAGUAAAGCUCAGACUGCAAUCUGCAACGAAGUAGCAAGUAUGCGAGAGGCACACAUUGAACAAUCUUGAUUAGUUUGCGGCUUUCUCUAAAGGGAAGCGUGUGACGUCAGACGCAUGGGCGGAGUCAGAUCGCCGAAACCCAGAAGUCGUACGUGUAAUGCCGAUUGGAAAGGAAGAUAUGGGGAAAUCCUGACACUAUCUUUGAACAGAAAUUUCAAAAUAAAAUCGCAUUAGCGGCCAGGUGAGCUCCUGCACAAUCAUGGUUGUGUACUAAAACACCUUCUAUGGAAAUAGUGAUUCUCAAGAUCAGAUGUCUCUGAGGAAGUAGGGCUACCCCUACGAAACGCGUCAGACGAAGCUCGAGGUUACAGAUUGUCCACACAAAGACUAGAGAUAGGAGGUGUCAGCACAGCAGCCCGGCAACUCUCCCGAUCACUGGUGUUCUGAUCGCAACAUCUGAUCAGCAGCGCAGAUCAGCGCAAAUUUUCUAUUUAUCCGAUUUCCUGCAAUUACUAUCUUAUAUUUAUCAGCUCCUGGAUUUUUUACUACUACACCUCUUGUGCAGCAGAUCCCAUUUAUCUUGUCUUUAAUAGGUUUUUGGUGAAUUCCUAUAUUUAUCCAGUUCUAGAGCUUUUUUCUUUCUGGUCUUUUUCCCUCUAUCUCUCGAUACAAAGAUUUUUGUAAGAGAUACUCUAAUUAUAAAGUCCUUGCAGAACCCUUUCUCAAAUCCUUUAAUUUAACGACUUCAUCACAAUUACUACAGUUGGCACUUGAGGCUGACAUACUUAUUCACUUACCUAAUUCCUGUCCGUCACAGUCGCAUUAAACCUUCCCGAUAUAAGAGUAUUGAAUCAAUGCUUUCCUAUGCUUGGAUAUGUAGCUUAGCUUGGUUGCUUCAUCUAAGUGUUGCUUCUAAGUGUGUAGUUGGAGAUAUUCUGGAGAGUUUCACAGAAGCUUCAACUGUCUAAGAGCUUUCUUUUCUACUGUUACAGGUAAGAUUCAUCUGUAGGAAAAGGUUACUGAUUGCACAAGGUUUUAAUUCCUGUUGGUAAUUAUAAGGCAUUUGAUUAGUUAGCUUCUUGCUAUUGGGUGCUGUUUAAAUUAGCUAUUGUUUGCAAAUAAGCAGAGGCCUACCCAGGCGUUAAACAUUCCUAGUGGGUGGUGAUUUUAGGAGUUAUAUAAGGGUUGUUGUCAUUAGCUUGGCUAAUAUAGCUUGGUUGCUUCAUCUAAGUGUUGCUUCUAAGUGUGUAGUUGGAGAUAUUCUGGAGAUAACCUGGAGGUAAUCUGAGGUAUUCAGGAGGAUAAAUACAAAGUUAAGAUUUGUUUGAUUUAAAUUAUUCUCCUCAUUGGAAUGGCAGACUUAGUUCAGUGUAAUAAUUGCUAUGCAUUGGUUUCACGUUCCACUUUUUGGAGGUUUGGUUGUUGUCUAAUCUGUAGACAGUUCUCUAUCUUGCGGCAGGAGAUUGUAUUUUUGAAGUCUGAGAUUUGUAAAUUAUCUGGUGAACAAACUCCGGCUGGAACUGCUGCAAAGCCACCGCCGCAGAGACAUACUAGGUAUGGCAGAUGGAUUACUGUAGGAUCUGGUAGACUAAGAGUUGUGGAUAAAAGGCAUAUUGCAGUCUGUUGCUCUACAUAAUGAAUUUUCUACACUUUCAGAGUGUAAUGUGGUUGUGGAGGGGGGCACUGAGGCUAGUGGUGUUGUGGAGGGGGGCACUGAGGCUAGUGGUGUUGUGGAGGGGGGCACUGAGGCUAGUGGUGGUGUGGAGACCGACUUGGAGACUAUGGUAAGGCCUAAUAGAAAGUAGUUGUUGUUGGGGGAUUCCAUCAUAAGAGGUGUGGAGAUGGACAAUGGUGGUCUUGUUAGGAGACGUAUCUGUAAUAUUGUUAAGCAAGCAAAGCAGGAAGGGGAAUUGGAUGUACUUGUCCAUCUAGGGACAAAUGACUUGGCUUGCAAUGAGGUUUCAGAGGUUAAGGAAGUUUUUAGUGUUUUUUGCCAAUGAUAUACGGCAGGUUGCUUCCACACUGUCAUUCUCUGAAGUUCUGCCUGUGCAUAACACUCAGAACGACAGGCGGAUGCGUAUUCGGGACUUUAAUUUGUGUCUUGGUGAAUGGUGUCGGGAGCAAGGAUUUGGCUUUAUUUCUCAUGGUAGCUCUGUUUGGAAUGGAAAUAAACUGUACAAAAAAGAUGUUUUGCAUCUUUCUCAAAAGGGAACAAAUGUUCUCAGUGAGCAGUUCAGAUUUGUUUUGCUAGGAUGUAUUUAAACUAGGAGGGGGCAAAAGGGUGAUAAAACAUCAAUCCAAUUGUCCCCCAAAACAAGGACAGAAGGUGACUGUAGCAAGUGUUUUAAAAACUGAUAAGCUUAGAGUCAUGUCUACAAAUGCUUACAGUUUAGGGAAUACGAUCCAUGAACUUGUGGCAAUAAUGGCAACUGAUAGUGUAGAUUUAGUCGCUGUUACUGAGACAUGGUAUAAUGAGAAAAAUGACUGGGACAUAGCAAUACCAGGGUACUCUUUAUAUAGAAAAGAUAGGUAAGGCAAGAAAGGGGGAGGGGUGGCCAUGUAUGUGAAGGAUAGCAUAAAAUCUAGCCUAAUAAAAGUUAGUGAGGCGAACAUAGAGUCCGUUUGGGUUACGUUAGAAUUUGGUAAUCACACAGUAACUCAUGUAGGUGUGAUUUAUAGGCCCCCAGGACAAAUUGAAGAGUUAGAUAAUCUACUAGUUGAGGAAAUAGCUAAAAUGACAAUGAAGGGGAAGUUAUCAUCAUGGGUGACUUUAAUCUUCCUGAUGUAAAUUGGAAAACAAAAUUAGCUACUUGUGCCAGGAGCACACAUAUUCUAAACUCCCUACUGGGAUUGUCUCUAAAACAAGUUGUUGAGGAGCCAACUCGUAAAGAGGCCAUACUAGAUUUAGUGUUAACAAAUGGAGAUUUGGUAUCAGAUAUUACUGUAGGUGAAAGUUUAGGAUCCAGUGAUCAUCAGUCAGUGUGGUUUAAUAUAAGAACAGUGACUGAGUCACACCACACAAAAACUAAAGUUUUAGACUUUAGAAAAACAGACUUUUCUAAAAUUAGAAUGUUUGAGUCAUUAUCAGACUGGAGCAAUUUAAAUGGAGUCCAAGAGAAAUGGGAUUAUUUAAAUUUAAAAGUUCCACUAUUGAAGGCAACAGAAAAUUGCAUUAGGCUUGUCAGUAAAAGCAAAAAAUUCAAGAAACCACUGUGGUACUCCGCAGAUGUGGCCAAAAUAGUAAAAAAACAAAAAGUUAGCAUUUAGUAAUUAUAAAAAAAAAACAGAGUGAGGAAGACAAAAUGAGAGGCAGAAGAGAAAAUAACAGUCAGUAAAAAGGGGGGACAAAACUUUUUUUAGAUACAUAAACGAGAAAAGAAAAGUAAAACAAGGAUUAGUUAGAUUAAAAACAAAAGAAGGGCGGUAUGUAAAAGAGGAUAAAGGUCUAGCUGACUGCCUCAAUUAAUAUUUUUGUUCUGCAUUUACGGAUGAAAAUGAAGGAAAGGGACCUCAGUUAAGAAAAAGGAUAAAUUAGUCAUUUAUUACACGUGAGUUUACAGAGGAAGAGGUUCUAUUUCAACUGUCAAAAGUAAAGACAAAUUAGUCAAUGGGACCUGAUGGAAUACACCCAAAGCUAUUAAAAGAGCUUAGUGGUGUAUUAGCAAAACCAUUAACAGAUUUAUUUAACCAAUCAUUGUUAACAGAAGUAGUCCCAGAUCGGAAGUUAGAGAAUGUUGUGCCCAUUCACAAGAAAGGUAAUAGGGAGGAGUUGGGCAACUAUAGGCCAGUAAACCUUACUUAAGUAGUAGGGAAAGUAAUGGAAACCAUGUUAAAGGAUAGGAUUGAUGAACAUCUAAAAACACAUGGAUUUCAAGAUCAGAGACAACAUGGGUUUACUUCAGGGAGAUCAUGCCAAACUAAUUUUAUUGAUUUUUUUUGUUGGUUAACUAAAAUUAUAGAUCAGGGUGGUGCAGUAGACCUUGCUUACCUAGAUUUCAGUAAGCCUUUUGACACUGUUGCACAUAGAAGGCUUAUCAAUAAACUGCAAUCUUUAAAGGGACACUGUAGUCACUAUAAUCAUUUCAACUCUUUGAAUUGGUCAUAGUGCCUGGAGUACCCUGGCACUGUCCCUCCAUUCAGUGUUGCACCAUGUUCGUGCAGUAUGCCACAAAAUAAGUCCCUGGCCACCCACAGUCCGGCCCCUUCAGUAUGUGUAGCUAAGGCAGAGAUUACACACUUCUUUGUUGUCAUACCCACUCAUACUGUCAGUUGGACCUCUGACAGGCUAAAAGCAGUCAGCUGACACUCUCAGCCAAUCACAUCUGCCCAUUUCUCCUCAGGCUAAUACUUCCUUAUUAGCCAAAGCAGCACAGAGGGGAUGGAUUGCCGGGGACUCUUGUUUAGCAUUAAAACUUUAAAAACUGUUUAAUGCUGAUAGAAAAGAUGGGACCAGAAGACUCCAGACACUAUAACCAGUUUAAUGAGAUGAAGCAGAUACAGGGCCUACGGUGUCCCUUUAAGUUUGGAUUCCAAUAUUGUUGAAUGGGUACGGCAGUGGCUGAGUGACAGGCAACAGAGGGUUGUAGUAAAUGGAAUAUAUUCGAAGCUUGGACUUGUCACCAGUGGGGUACCUCAAGGAUCUGUACUUGGACCCAUUCUCUUUAAUAUUUUUAUUAGUGACAUUGCAGAAGGUCUUGAUGGUAAGGUAUGUCUUUUUGCUGCUGAUACGAAGAUAUGUAACAGUGUUGAUGUUCCAGGAGGGAUAAGCCAAAUGGCAAAUGAUUUAGGUAAACUAGAAAAAUGGUCAGAAUUGUGGCAACUGACAUUUAAUGUGGGUAAGUGCAAGAUAAUGCAUCUUGGGCGUAAAAACCCAAGGGCAGAGUACAGAAUAUUUGAUAGAGUCCUAACCUCAACAUAUGAGGAAAGGGAUUUAGGGGUGAUUAUUUCUGAUGACUUAAAGGUAGGCAGACAAUGUAAUAGAGCAGCAGAAAAUGCUAGCAGAAUGCCUGGUUGUAUAGGGAGAGGUAUUAGCAGUAGAAAGAGGGAAGUGCUCAUGCCAUUGUACAAAACCCUGGUGAGACCUCACUUGGAGUAUUGUACACAGUACUGGAGACCGUAUGUUCAGAAGGAUAUUGAUACCUUAGAGAGGGUUCAGAGAAGGGCUACUAAACUGGUUCAUGGAUUGCGGGAUAAAACCUACCAGGAAAGGUUAAAGGAUCUUGACAUGUAUAGCUUGGAGGAAAGACGAGACAGGGGGGAUAUGAUAGAAACAUUUAAAUACAUAAAGGGAAUCAACACAGAAAGGAGGAGACUAUAUUUAAAAGAAGAAAAACUACCACAACAAGAGGACAUAGUCUUAAAUUAGAGGGACAAAGGUUUAAAAAUAAUACCAGGAAGUAUUACUUUACUGAGAGGGUAGUGGAUGCAUGGAAUAGCCUUCUAGCUGAAGUGGUAGAGGUUAGCACAGUAAAGGAGUUUAGGCAUAAGGCUAUCCUAACUAUAAGAUAAGGCCAGAGACUAAUGAAAGUAUUUAGAAAAUUGGGCAGACUAGAUGGGCCAAAUGGUUCUUAUCUGCCGUCACAUUCUAUGUAUGACACUAGGUGUCCUAAUGCAAAGCAUGAGGACGUUCAGCCUUGUUUCACAGAAUCAAACGCCAUAAAACUGCAGGAAUCGCCUCUAGUGGCUGUCUGAUCUCUAAAACCGCAAUGUUUUACAUUGCAGGGCUAAGAGGGACAGAGACACUGCACCCAGACCGAUACAAUGAGAUGAAGUGGUCUGGGUGCCUAUACUUGUACCUUUAAGUACAAAACAACCAAACUGAAGCUGUAUCCUUAAGGGGUUAAAUGUGUUUUUUUUUAUUUAUUUUUUAUUUAUUUUUUUUAUAUUACAUAUUGGGUUGUAGCAUGCAUGAAUACUGUAAGGAAUAGAUUUGAUAUGUUGUCAGCAGAAAUGAUUAAAAUCAUGCCAAAAAUGACAUUAUCUUAUGCCUAAUGACACUUAUAUGUGACAGAUUAAUUCAUUUUUAUUUUCUUACAGUAGAGUGUGUUAACUGUAUUUGGGUCAUUUCUCAUUUUAUAGGUCUACCAUACCUAUGAGAGAUAAAGAAGGAAAGCAAGAUUACCGGUUGGUGUUUAUUUUUAUCUCUCUUUUUAAUAUUUUAGAGAAGCCUUCACCCUCUGUGGUGUGUACUUUUAUGAUCAAGCUGCUGUCAGGGCAACUAAAUUUUACAGAAUGAGAACUUGAAUUAGGUGUUUUUAAAUGUGCAAUAUUUUCACAAUUGUAAACACGUAUAAAAUUGAGAUAGUUGUGAUUUCAUGGCUUUGUUCUACUAUGUAAUUAUAUUGUAACUAUUUUUAAUUCCAUAACUUUUUCGUGUAAAUUUUGCACCACCUAAAAUCUUACCAUUUUUAUACAUGAAACAUGGGGGGGCAGGGGGUUGCACUCACCUGAACAUGCUUAAAUGGGGUGCUACUAGGGGCCAUAUUAUACAAUAAACAAUACACAAGAUCCAGCGCACUCUAGCUACUAAACAGCAACUUCAAUGUUGACAGAUUAUUAUUUUUUUACGUUUUUUUUCUAAAGGUUUUUUUUUUUAAACACCUAAUCUAGGCAAAAAAUAAUGGGGAUUUAGUUACAUUAUAAUGACCAUACAUUGUAUAAGCCUGCCACAACGUCAAUGUACCCUAUGUUUGGCAGGUCCUACUCUCACAGUCUAAUGUCUACUAUUAUGUAAAUAACUCACUUACUUGGGGAAAAAAUUCCAUCUGAGGCUCUCUGCAAUACAAGGCUAAAUAGGGACCUGAGAUGAGGCAGGGGGGGUGCAAAACCAAGGAGUUGGCUAGACUCCCAAAUAUAUAUAUAUAUAUAUAUAUAUAUAUAUAUAUAUAUAUAUAUAUAUAUAUAUAUAUAUAUAUAUAUCUGUCUAUCAUGGGGGGGGUGGUUGCACUCACCUGAACAUGCUUAAAUGGGGUGCUGCUGGGGGCCAUAUUAUACAAUAAACAAUACACAAGAUCCAUCGCACUCUCCUAUCUACUAAACAGCAACUUCAGUGUUGACAGAUUUUAUUAGUUUUUUUUUCUAAAGGUUUUUUUUAGAAACACCUAAUCUAGGCAAAAAAUAAUGGGGAUUUAGUUACAUUAUAUAUAUUUUUAUAUAUAUAUAAUAUAUGGUGGGGAAACUUUUUUUUUUUUUUUUUAAGGGAUGUAUUAGAGACAACACACAUAUCUUGAACAACACAUUUUAUUCUAAUAAAUGCCAAUAAAAUUAAAAGAACACUACAGUGUUAUGAAUCCAAACAAGUGUACCUAAAGUUAUAGUGACUUGCUUAAUGUUUGGGAUUUGCCCUACCCAGUCAGUCCUGCUUCCUUGGCUGAGAUCAUCAAUCUUAUUGGGUCCUAUAGUGUCUCUUUAAAGCCAACAGACAAGGACCAGAAAUAUAUCAAAAUCAAAAAUCUCCAAGCAGCAGAGAACCUUUAUUUGCAUUCUGUACUAUAAACCUUAAUGUUCAGUGAUGUAUAUUUUGAUCUAUUGACUGAGCACUCUUAAACUUGUUGAUGAAACAUUAUUAAGGAUCUGCUUUCACAGCAGUGUACUUUUUCCUUUAAACUUAUCUAUUGUUACAUAUUAUUUAUAUGACCAUAUAGCUUAUUUAUUAUAUCUAAUGACUUGUGCUAUAACACACCCCUACAUUUUUAACAACUACAAAAUAUAUUAAAAUAAAUAGAUAAUAGAGCGAAUUAUGAAUUAUCAUGACUCAAUAUGUUUUGACCAUGUCUACAUGUGUUAUGUAAUGCAUAAAUACAUUUCUAAACAUAUUUACGAUCUGGUUAAAUGUAGGCAUUUUUUGUGAAUUUAAUGGGUACUUGUAAUGCCACGUGCAAUAUAUGCAUUUUUAAAAGAGCAAAAAAAAUUGAAGAUUAUAUUAGCUUUAGUGUACUAAUAAUCUUAAUUUUAGUAAUGACAGGAGGCAAAUAUUUGCAUAUCUUUCUUUAUUGAAAACUCCAGCAGCAUAGAAACAGUAACAACCAAUCAGAGAAAAGAUAUGGUGCCCAUAAAAGGCCCUGUCUAUGACAUCACUUCCUCUUUCUUUGAAGCGAAUGAUAAAUAACAACAAAAACAUAAUCAUAUUUAGUUAACAGUUCAACAACAUAGCAGGGAACAUAACUCCGGUAAUUCCAUGGUGUAACCGUAUGGGAGGUGAGUCUUUGUCCCGAAGAGAAGACGUUCACGCUGAAAGAAAAAGAAAAAGGUGAAAGGUCUCUGAAGUGGUAACAUGUCCGCAUGCAAUAAACAUUAAGAACCUGAAAAUCCCAAUGGAUAUAGACUGUGAAACUAUCAACACUUGUAUAAACUCGCAAGUUAAGACAUGUAAUAAGUAAAACACAACAUAAUUCAAGGCACAUGACCAAGAACCCAACUAUACCGUACUAAAACAGCUACAUGUCUAAGUAGUAAUACAAUCCUAACAUGCAUGCCUUCCUGAACACUAAAAUAUAAUCUUAUAACACGAGAUAACUUGGGAGGGAUCCUAUAGGGUGGGAAAUAUUCGCCUCCUGUCAUUACUAAAAUUAAGAUUAUUAGUACACUAAAACUAAUAUAAUCUUCAAUUUUACCACAUGACAGGAGGCUUCAUAUUUGCAUUUUUAAAGCUUAGACUUUACCAGUGUGAAGGAGGCGUGAGAGGAUUGGCGGAAAUAAAAUGUCCUAAACGUACUCUCCCGUGUCCAGUCUGCGCAACGCAUAAUGUCGGUUAGGGAUGCGCCUGCCAAGAAGGCUUGGGAUGCUGCCGCACCUCUGACCGAAUGUGCUCCAAAGCUAGGUUCGAUUCCUGCCAACCUCAGUAGCCAGCGUACUCAUCUGGCCAGGGUUGUUGUAUACAUCGGUGCGUGAGGCCUUACGUAAGAAAUCUGCAGCUGACCCGUCGGGGUAUGCCGAAGGUUGGCUGUGAUUUCCGUAUACCUCAUAAGUGUCCUGACAACGCAUAGCUUGGAGUCUGAUUCGAAAUAUGGAUAAGACACUGAGGACGAGUCUGAUUUAGUCCGUCUAGAAAUGGAGAAGGUGACUCCCUCCGGAGUGAGAGAAAAACCGUCCAUGUCAAACGCCCUAACGUCUGACACCCGUCGGAAUGAGACGAGGCAUAACAAAAGAGCCAGUUUGGCUGAAAGCUGUUUCAGCGAUAGAACGGGGUUGUCCGGCCAGCCCCGAAGGAAGUCCAGCACCCCAUUCACCUGCCAGAGGCUGGAAUAUUUGGGUGCUGGGGGUCUUGUAAGUUUGGCACCCCGCAGUAGACGACAUACCAGAGGAUCUUGACCCACUGGCUUGCCUUAUACUGGGACGUGCGCUGCUGAAAUAGCCGAUCUGAUCACGUUAAGGGAUCUAUAUGAUCGACCCGUCGAGAACAGAUGAGCGAGAUAGUUGAGGAUCAGUGGGACAGAGGCAGUAAAGGGAUUGGAAUCCCUUUCCAUGCACCAAUCACUCCAGGCUGACCAGGCGGAUAUGUAACAUCUCCUGGUGCCAGGAGCCCAUGAGUCCCACAGGAGGUCUUUAGUAGAUUGCGAUAGGCCGUGGACUGACCAGGAGCCCCUGAAAUCGUCCAGGCCACCAGUUCCAGUUGUCCUUCCAGGACGAGGGGAUGGAGUUCCCCUCGAGGUCUCGACAGGAGCAAUGGGUAGGUCAGGAGCCGGAUGGGAUGGUCCUGGGACAUCUCAAAGAGGUCCGGAAACCACGGUUGGCUCUGCCAAAGUGGUGUUAUGAGCAGGAGCGAUAUCCUGUGAGUGCGGGUGUAUCGCAAUACCCGUGGGAUCAAUGAGAAUGGAGGGAAAGCAUAGGCCCCGUGGGAGGGCCAGUCCUUAAGGAAUGCAUCCGCUGCUUCGCCCUUCGGGUCCGGAAGCCAACUGUAGUAUCUUGGUGGUUGGUCCUGGAGGCGAACAAGUCUAUUGUUAGUGGGCCCAUCCGCUGACGUAGUGUCUGAAAUAUCUCCCUGUUGAGUUUCCAGUCGCUGGUGUCUCUCCAGUGGCGGGAGAACCAGUCCGCCGUCAGGUUGGAGAUUCCUGGGAGGUAUUCUGCUUGCAGCGUGAUGUUCCUCCGUAGGCAGAAACUGUAGAUGUCCUUCGUGGCUUCCGUCAGGUCUUUCGACCUCGCUCCGCCCAGGCGGUUGAUGUAUUGUACCGCCGAGACAUUGUCCAUGCGGAGCAGGAUACAGCAAUUCGACCUGUCCUUGGCCAGGCUGCGGAUGGCGAAGGAUCCCGCGAUCAAUUCCAGGCAGUUGAUGUGUAGGUUGGUCUCCUCUUUCUGCCAUGGGCCUCCCGUUAGCCCAUCCCCACAGGCUGGCGUCCGAUUCCACUAUGAAGUCCGGCGAAGGGCCGUAGAUCGCUCUGCCGUUCCAGGCUUGUAUAUGUAGGAACCACCAUCGCAGUUCCGAUCUCACUUCCGACGAGAGUGGGAUCCAGUGGUCGUAGGAAUGUCCGGUGCGCAGGUAUCCCGCUUUCAGCUGUUGCAUGGCCCUGUAGUGUAGAGGGCCCGGGAAUAUCGCUUGUAUGGAUGAGGAAAGGAGUCCUACGAUUCGAGCGAGCAUCCUGAGAGGUAUUGUGUCCAUCCUCAGGACUCGUCUGAUUUCCUUAUCGAGGCUAUCUUUUUAGAUGGAAGGCGUGGUACGCAUUCCUUCGAAUCGAUGUCGAAACCCAGGAAUUGGACCGACUGGGAGGGGGAGAGAGACGACUUCUGUCUGUUCACUACGAAGCCUAGGGAUUCUAACGAGUGAACGACAAAUUUCGUCUGUGAUCGUUGCCUGGAUGAGGAUUCGCAAAAGAUCAGCAAAUCGUCCAAGUAUACGAGACAUCGUAUGCCCCUCGUUCGGAUGUGAGCCAUCACUGGUCUCCGUCGCUUCGUGAAGCACCACGGAGCCGAGCUGAGGCCGAAUGGCAGACAUGUAAAUUAGCAUAUCCGUCCUCUCCAUCGGAAGCGGAGGAAUUGUCGGCAGUGUACGUCCACUGGGACGGACAGAUAUGCAUCUUUGAGGUCCAGGCGCAUAAACCAGUCGUCCUUGACGAGAAGGUCUUGUAGAAGAUGUAUUCCUUCCAUCUUGAAGUGUUUGUAGGAUACGAAUGAGUUUAACUGCCGGAGAUUGAUAACCGGCCUGUACUCGUCUGUUUUCCAAGAAAAUGUUGCUUAGAAAGCCUCUCCCGUCCGGUGCGUAUUGUAUCGUGCCUUUCUCGAAGAGAGCGUGGAUCUCUUCAUCUACUAGGUGGCUUUGUCCUGACGACAUGUGGAUUGGGGGAGGGGGAGCGUUUUGAAUGGGUCGUGCGGAGAAGUCUAUGACGAAACCGCGAACCGUCUGGAGGACCCAGGCGUCUUUGGUAAUCAGUUCCCAGUUCUGGAAGAAAAAGGAAAGGUUGCCUGUAAUAAAUUUUGAUGCAUUUGUGUAUGUAGGUCGACUCACCAUUGGAGAAGCGGCCACGGCCUCUGAAGCCUCUGGUUCUCCCCGUUCCUCGGAACGAUAAGGGUCUUUGCGUUGUAGACGGGAAGAAAUUCGGGGCUUGUGGGAACGGUCUGGAACCUGAGGCCCAAAAUCGGCUGGUGGCACAGUUCCGUUGUCAACCAGCCCUUCCAAAAACACUGUUUGAGAGAGGUUUGAGCCUUGUUCAAGGUAGUGAAUAGGUUCACAUGUCUUAAGUUCCGCGAUGAAGGCAUCGCCAAAUAACAGGCCUUGGGCUUUCGAUCCGAAUUCUUUAGCCCCGAGGUCCAGGAGCUUGCUAUCAAUACGUAUUAGGGCCGAUCUGCGUCUUUUGACGCAAAGUGCGGCGUUAGCAUUGCCCAGUAGGCACACAGCGCGUUGAGCCCAUUCACGUAUGACAUGAGGGUCCAGUUGAGAGUCUUGGCUGAGGGCUAGGUCUGCGAAGUAUAGCAUCUUGGCAAUGGGGCCGAGCAAAUCCAGCACUUUGUCUUGUGCCGCUUUUAUGCCCUUCUCCACCCCUUUGCGCGGGUCCCUGCCCGUGCGUGACAUGAAGACCACCAUAGUGUCGUCGAACUCGGGCGUCAGUGCCACUUUGUCGGGGAUCAACGGCCUGGGGCAUUCAGUCCUGAGGCGUGCCCGUACCUCCUUUUCCAGCUGUUUGCGCAGCCGGUAAUGUAUGAAUUUUGCCAGGUGAUCUGGCAGCGUCCACUCUGAGGACCGUGGGUGCCGGAUGGUGCGUGGGUCGAACAGCGGUGUCCCCUGGUCGUCCAGGAAGACCCCGUCUUCGGACUGACGGGUGUGGCGAUCAUCGUCGAGUUCCUUGUCCCGGUUGCCGAGGAAGGUCUCUUUGACAUACUUCGAAGAGGUGGGUGGGAGGUCUUGCCACUCUUCGUCGUCUGAGGGUGAGCCGUCCCCGUGCCACUCGUCCACCACAUCUAAGGCAUGUGGAACGUAGGUAUCGUCCUUGUCCGAGGAUUGAGGCGGGAAGGGCGCGGGCUGUUGGUCGCGUUCUUAACUCACUUGACGGGCAACUUGCCCUUAGUCUUGGUGGAGGGGGGGCUCGAAGCCUUCCUUUGCCUCUUGGCCUUAGACACCUCUGAGCCCGAAGCUUCCAUGCGUUCAGGGGGAUUUGUGUCUUCCUGGCCGUGGGGUAGAGCCCGCAAGAGGGCCUUCUCUACCGAAGCCGCCACGGCGGCAUUGAUCAUGGCUUGGAAGUCUUGGGUGCCUUGGGUAUCCUCCAUGAUCUGGGGUGUAUAUCGACCUGUUGGGCGAAAACAAGGUUCAGUGGAGGAGAGUCACGUACAGAUAUAGAUAGACUCUUGAAUAUGUAUAGAAGGCUUUAUAUGCACGUAAUUAGUGAAAUCAGGGCAAUAUGCGUAUCUCGUUACAUGAAGGUAUAGGCCCUUGUGCAUAUCAACGGGGUUCACCCCGGGUGGUGUGCCGUGGCAACCAGAGGACACCCACAUCAAUUGAAAAUGGGCCGUCAGCGCCCUUGCAUGCAUAUCUGGGGGGGUCACCCCAGGUGGUGUGCCAUGAAAAAAUACCCAGAGGACACCCACAUAAUUUUUGCACCCUUGGGUACAGUAAUGUAAUAUGACCCUGUGCAGGGUAACCAAUAUGAUAUUCCCCUUGAAGGGUAUAGCAGUAUCCGAUCCCCUGUGGGGUAGAUAGCGUUGCAUCUGUCCCUGCCGGGACCAGAGAGGCAGUAUGUUCAAUUAUAAUAACGAUAAAUGUAUACUUGAUAUUAUACAGCCUUCAUAAACAAAUCAUAAAUUGUGCAUGCUUUGACCACUUGUCACUUGUAAAAUAUCCUUGUUGGUUAGUGGAAAGGUGAUAUUCCGAUGUAGUGAGCUGUCCUGAGACAGAGGAGUAUACUUGAUAUUAUACAGCCUUGGGGGGGGGGAACCUGAGGGUAAUCCCCCCCCAAAUCCGUUGCGGCGAUCGGGUGAUUCCCGAACCGCCGAGUGUAGAGAAAGGCAGCCGCCGGCUGCGUUAGUAUGCGCUACGCGAGCGGGACAGGAAAAAACGCGGCAAACAGUAAAUUCUAACCCUGGCUACCCUCCACCCGUCCCCACCCAGCCCCCUGGUGCAGCAAGGGCAGGUCCGCGCGGUGAGCGCGGCACGGACAGUCGUGACGCUCGCGGACCGCCAGUCAAGGGCCAAAAGACUCAGAAGCGCAAAAGUAGACCGUGGCAAUACUGAGAAAGAGGAAGUGAUGUCAUAGACAGGGCCUUUUAUGGGCACCAUAUCUUUUCUCUGAUUGGUUGUUACUGUUUCUAUGCUGCUGGAGUUUUCAGUAAAGAAAGAUAUGCAAAUAUGAAGCCUCCUGUCAUGUGGUAAAAUUAAUCUAUUCAUUGUGCUAGCAGAUUUGCUAACAAAUGUAUAGAUUUGAAGAAGGAAAAAAAAACCUUUGGAAACACUCGCCCUGUUUUAUAUUGACUACUCUGAUUUAUGGCAUUCUUGACUGCUCUGUGUGCUUGUUUAUCUGAUCUCUUGACUUUGGCUUGUUUACCGUGAUUCUGUUACUUUUUAAGGACUGGUAACAUGUUUUUUUUUCUUACUACUCAAAAACAUGGCCUGUCCUGAAGGAGUACACAUGGUUAUGGGUUGGGGAGGGGUUUGUUGUGUGGGUGUAUGUACGUAUAUAGUUAUAUGGUAUGUUACCCAUUUUCAUGCUUAUUUCAUGUUUCUAUAAGAUUUAUGCCUGAACCAAAUCUCCCGCCUCUGAUACUAUACGACUCAAAAUCAUUGCCCACUGCUAAUAUGGAUCCAGAGCAAGUGGUGAAUAUUGACUUGAUUAAGGAAAGGCUACCAGAACUUCCAAGUAUCACCCGUGAAAGGCUUGUUGAACAAUAUGGCAUUUUACUGGAGCAGAGUUAUAUUUUGGUGGUAAUUAUAAAGAACUGUUUUUUUUUUGUUUUUGUUUUUUUUAAAAGCUAAAUUUAAAGUAGAGAUGAUUACUUACAAAAACUAAAACCACACAUGCUCAUGAUGGUUAUAAAGCCAGUAAGUUGAUCAGUGCAUUUAGUGAAUAUAAUGCAUCUUGCUGUUAAGAGGAAGCAUUUAAAGAUUUUAAAGCUAUCAUUUUAUGUUGGUUAAACUAGAGUGUGUGAAAUGAUCAGUGGUGCCUACCAGAUACCUUUUCUAAAAAUACAGAUUUGUCUCUCAGUCCACUUAAUAGAAACCCUGUAUGUCCUUUUCAAAUUUAAAUUGUAAGCUGCUUACAUUAAAGUGGGCAUGGUUUUUUAGUCCAAAACUUCAGAAGGGACUGUCGUGCACUGUGAGACUUUGGGUUCACCUGGCUGCGGGUGUACAAAUACAAUGCCUGGCCCAAAUAAAGUCGCCACCUGGAUUUAACUAAGCAAAUAGGCAAGUGCCUCCUAUUGGAUAGUUAGUGCAUGGGCGAUUAUUUUUCAGCUGGCAACAAGUUAUUUAACCCCAACUGAUGCAAUGAGUAGCUUCUCAUUUCUUAAACAACCAAAAGACACAUCCUGUGGUCAUAGAAAAUUUGUUAGUCUGUUUGAGAAGGGUGAAAUCAUUGGCAUGCAUCAAGCAGAGAAAACAUCUAAGGAGAUUGCAGAAACGACUAAAACUGGGUUAAGAACUGUCCAACGCAUUAUUAAAAACUGGAAGGAUAAUGGGGAUUUACCCUGUUCCAGAGUAAUGGGCGCAUCAGGGUAAGAAGAGAGGCAGAUGAAGUGAUGCACCCAUUAUGCCUAGUGCCUACUGUACAAGCCUGUGGGGGCAGUGCUAUGAUCUGGGGUUGCUGCAGUUGGUCAGUUCUAGGUUCGGCAACAUUAUGUGCCCAAAGAAUGAGGUCAGCUGACUACCUGAAUAUACUGAAUGACCAGGUUAUUCCAUUAAUGGAUUUUUCUUCCCUGUUGGCACGGGCAUAUUCCAUGAUGACAAAGCCAGGCUUCAUCGGGCUCAAAUUGUGAAAGAGGGGUUCAGGGAGAAUGAGACAUCAUUUUUACACAUGGAUUGGCCACCGCAGAGUCCAGACCUUAAAGGGACACUAUUGUCACCUUAACAACUGUAGCUUAAUGAAGCCGUUUUGGUGUAUAGAACAUGCCCCUGCAGCCUCACUGCUCAAUCCUCUGCCAUUUAGGAGUUAAAUCCCUUUGUUUAUGAACCCUAGUCACACCUCCCUGCAUGUGACUUGCACAGCCUUCCAUAAAUACUUCCUGUAAAGAGAGCCCUAUUUAUGCUUUCUUUAUUGCAAGUUCUGUUUAAUUAAGAUUUUUUUUAUCCCCUGCUAUGUUAAUAGCGUGCUAGACCCUGCAAGAGCCUCCUGUAUGUGAUUAAAGUUCAAUUUAGAGAUUUAGAUACAAUUAUAAGAUGAAGAGACUCUCAGUGCUGGAUCCACGGAGCCAGCACUAAAAGCACAAACUGGAGUAUAAAGAAUAUAUCUAUAUAUAUAUAUAUGAGUGAAUAUAAAUAAUAAUCCUGUUGUUUGUCUAUAGAGUCAUCCCAAUACAAAACAGUGUUACUAGCCUAAUAGGCUAAACCUCUCUGAUCCAACAGAUGUGACUAUAAUACUCAUCAGACUUUCGACUUUAAUAUAAUUAAUCUGGUCACAGUCUGUGACUAUAUGUAGUCAACCAUCAACAAAAAUGGAGUAUAAAAAAAAAAAUUAAAAUACUAAUAAAGUCACACUGAUGGAUCCUAAUUCCUAAAGAAAAAAUUGUUAUCCACUUAAUAAAGUUAGAUUGCUAACAUUGAUACAUGGGUGAACUAUACCGUACAAACAAUGUAGCUAUUCAUAUGAGACAUAAAGUAGCCAAUGUAUCUGGUAAUACUAGAUGAAUACUCAAUAUAAACGUGGACAGGAAGUUCACAGAAAUAAUAAAAUGAAGAGACUCAAACUAGUAAACUAAUAGCUCAAGGAGUAGGCAAUAUAAGGACUAAUAAUUAUAAGCUCUAAUGCCAGAAAUGUCAAUAGCCCCUCCAAAAACUACCAGAUAUAAUUAGGAAGUAGGAAUGACAGAGAGGUUAGAAAAAGUGCAGAACCAUACUUAGGAUGUUGGUUGCCUGCACAUAGUGGAAAGUGCCCAGUGCUAAAGUAAGUGAAAAAAAGAACAGAAAAACCCGACGCGCGUUUCGGUGCUUGGAACGUGCACCUUCGUCAGGGGCCAGAAUUGGAAUGACUGCUUAAUCUCUGACUUAUAUAUCAGACUACGGUAUACCCGAUAGCCAAUUGAAGAUCGGAGUUUGGCCGUCAAAAUUCGCGCCAAAAUCCACAACUUUCGGUAAUAUUCAUGAGGCAAUUUGAACUCCCCAAUCAGAUUCAUUGUGGGGCGGAGUUUGACUUUCAAUCCGAAAGUUAACUCUCUACACUCCUUAUUAUAAAAUGCUGAUUAUAUCCAGCUAAGUGCAUCAACGUGAAUAGGAGGCUUAUGUGUUCUGUCCAAUGACAGAGAGUUCAUAAUGUGCCGAGAUUCAGUGACUUAGCACAUAAACGUUAUCAAAAUUAUAUCGAUCUCAAUAUUAUCCUGUCAGUAUGAUAUAUAUUUGCACGGAGGAGAUCAAAACCCAUAUCCUCCAAUUUUUACCAUGUACAUAGCCUAUUAAAAGAUAGUUGUGAUUUUCAGCAGUAUACAUUUUUAGUGACUGGACUAAAAAUACUUCUACUACAUCCUGCCACUCUUUUCCAUAGUUAAUAAAAUCUGGUAAGAAGUUAAUAUGCGAGGGAAAGCAUUAGGCUUUUCCCCCGUUUUACCAUAUAUAUAAUCUUAUUAAGAGAUUAGAUAUACUAGAAGAUUGUAAUAACUUACAAAAAGGUGUACUUAAUGAUGAACUAGACGAAUAUAUUAGCUCCUAUCUCUUAUUUACAUAUAAAGAAAAGUGAAAUCAUAUAGCCGAACCUAGAUAGCUGUACCGGUGAUCCCGGUCCUAAUUGGUCGGCUGCUAUAUUAUUAAAUGCAUAUACACAAAACCUUGUACAAAGCGAAACCUUUUCACGGAUAAAAGAACAGCUCCCAAUCUGUUAAGGCAUAUCGCUUGAUAAUAGAAAGCCCACCUAAAUUAACAUAUCCAUAGCGGAGGCAAGAUGUAGUAUCGAUAGUAUCAUGAGGAAAAGAAUGCCAGCACUAAGAAUGAAAUAUUAAUAGUUGCAACAGAUGGUCAAAGGUGGAAAGAAAAUCACUUUUAAGCAUAAAAAUAGCUAUGUGCCAGAGAUCGUAAUAUCAGCUCCAUAUUGGUUAAUAACUAGAUGAUCGCAAGAUGCUUUAGUAAUGCUGGUUAUACAAAAAAUUAAAUAAGAAGUGUACCAAAUAAAGAGACAAGUAUGCAAGUCAGUGAAUAUAAACUAAAAAAUAAAUAUCAUAAAUAGAGAAAAAAGAGACAAACAAAAUAUUUCAUUAAGAAGAAAAAACAUAAUAAUAAUAAGAAAUCUAGAUGUUUCAAACUAUACAACAUCCUAAUUAAGGUCUGAUUGUAAUAUCUAGUUAGAUAUGAAGGAUGUAUAAGAAAAUCCCUCAUUGAGGCCCAAAGGGAAUAAGGUUUUGAAUUUAUAGAUCCAAUAACUCUCCCUUUGUAAAAGCAAUCUGUCAAUAUCUCCUUUUCGCGGGCCCAAUUUGACUUUUUCUAUUCCACAGAAGCGUAAGCCCUGUGCCGAUCCACUAUGUUGUAAUUUUAGAUGUCGUGAGAUUGAAGUGUCAAUAAGUCGAGAUGGAUUCACUGAAUUGACAUGUUCGAGAAUACGUAUCUUAAAUGGUCUAAACGUCUUUCCUACAUACUUUUUAUCGCAGCUGCAGGUCAAAAGAUAAAUUAAUCCAACUGUUUUGCAAUUGAAAAAAGUUUUCACAGUAUGGAUCUCGAUGUUCAUUGAAUUGGAUAGAAGUUUAGAUUGUUUAUUGAUGUAUUUACAUGCCUUGCAAUGUCCGCAUUGGAAGGUGCCUAUUGCUGGCGAUUUCAACCAUGUGGAGGAUACCGCAAUAGGAGAAAGAUGACUUGGCACCAAGAUAUCUUUGAGGUUGCGACCCCUUCUAGCUGUCAAUGAGACAAAAGGGGUCAAAACAUCCUUCAAAUGUUGAUCUUGGUAUAGAAGUGGCCAGUAUCUAUCCAAAGUUUUUUUAAUCGGAUCCCAUCCUGAGUCAAAAGUUCCGAUACACCGUAUCAAACCUUGGGUUUUAGGGGGGGAAAUAUUUUCCAGUAAUAGUUCAGUUCUAUCAGAGAGAAGAGCUCUUUGAUAGGCUCUUUUUAAACACUUAUUCGGGUAUCCCUUUAUCUUGAACUGGGUCCUUAGAGAUUGAGCCUUAAGUUUGAACUCAUCGACCGAAGAGCAAUUCCUUCUCAAUCUAAGAUACUGGCCAACUGGAAUUCCCCUCUUUAAUGCAGGAGGGUGAUAACUUUGCCAGUUCAAAAAAUUAUUAGUAGCGGUAGGUUUUUUAUAAAGUGUUGUAGAAAUGCUUCUAUCCUCAUUGAUCUCUAAGGUGACGUCUAGAAAAUUAAAUUUUUGAUCUCCAAACUCAUUUGUGAAUUUCAAAUUUAUGUCAUUGACAUUCAAUUCAGCUACAAAUUCAGUGAAGUGAUCCAAUGUACCUGUCCAUACUAUUAGUAUGUCAUCAAUGUAACUAUUCCAUACGUCAACAAAUUUCAUGUAUUGGGCGAGUUGUGGACUGAGAACAAUAUGAUGUUCCCACCAUCCCAUAUGGAGGUUAGCGUAAGAGGGGGCACAAGUCGUCCCCAUCGCUGUCCCCCUCAUUUGGUGGUAGUAAACGCCCUCAAACAGAAAAUAGUUGUGCGUAAGAAUAAAGUAAAGAAGUUUAAGGAGAAAAGUAUUGUGUUCUUUACAGUUUGGCCUUUUGUUGUCUAGAAACCACUUCACGUGUCUAAUGCCUAUGUCGUGAGGGAUGGAACUAUAAAGUCCCUCCACAUCAAGGCUGCAGAGUUUAGCAUCAGUAGGUAAUACUGUAUCUUUGAGGAUAUUCAGGGUCUGUUUAGUAUCCCUCAAAUAAGAGGGCAAUGUUUUCACUAAAUCUCUAAGGAUAAAUUCCACAUACUCACUACAAUUCUGAGUAAGAUUGUUUCUACCCGAAACUAUUGGUCUACCUGAUAGAACUUUUUGUUGUUUAUGUAUUUUGGGUAAGGCAUAGAAAGUUGCCAAUGUAGGUUUUUUAUUAUUAAGUAAAUAUUUAUAUUCAUCAUUGGUAAUUAGUUUUAGUGAUAUUGCCUCAUCCAAAAUGGUGCGGAAUUCAUUUAGAAACCUUGAUGUCGGAUCUAUGCUUAGUGUUGUAUAAGUAUCUCCGUCAUCAAGAAGUCUGUGCACCAUUUGAGUGUAUUCAUUUCUAUCCAUCACCACAACAUUCCCACCUUUAUCAGAUGGUUUUAUGAUAAUGGUCUCAUUUCUUUUCAGGGUCGAUAAUGCUUUCCUUUCCCGUUGGCUCAAAUUGUCUUGC